AUGGUACCACGACGACGGCGGACAAUAAUCGUGUUCACCGCCGUGGCCGACUUUUCGGCUGUCACUUGUACGACCGAAAACUAUAAAUUAUUAUUUAAUGCACCGGUACGUAUUAUUACUAUUAUCAUUGUGUCGGGUGAUCGCUUUUUGCGCGCGGUAUUGCGUCAGAAUAAUUAUUUAAUUAUGUACCGGACGCAAUACUCGUGUAAUAAAAUUAGUGAUUUUCAGAUACACACAUUAUAGAUACUUAUUUGAUCGGUCGUUUACUGAAAAUGAAUGUCGUACGAUUGUUGUCCUCUCCAACCAACUCCUCCCCUCCCAACACUUCGAUCCAAUGUCGCCGCCGUGUACGCUAUUACCCGGCCGGCGAGUCGGACGAUUUUACGGUUUGUUAUCGGAACCCGUUACCUACACGCCGCUCGUAUAAAAUAUUAUCAUUUCAAUAUCAUCGCUACUACUGCACCUAUAUUAUACUCUCAAUCUACCGACGAACGGUCGUGAUGUUUUGUAACGAUUAUUUUCGAUGUGCACGUUUUGCGAGUCGGUCGCCCAGAAAAAUCUCGUGGGUCGAAAUUUAGGCUUUUUUUUUUUUUAAUUUGAUAAUUUUUUAAGUCUGUCGCAGUUUUUCGCUUCUCCUGUAAAACGUGUUAAAUAAUCGUUACUAAUUGUUGACUGAGACGAAACCAUUUGGGUUAUUAAACGGUUAUUUUGUCUAUACUUGCAUAUUUUAUGAUGCCAUCAUGCUGGUAGUUGCAGGUUAUGAGUUAUUAUUGCUUUUUUUUUUUUUUUCACUGACUCGAUCAAUUCUAGUUUGCCUACAUUAUGUAUCUCAGAUUUUCUAAAUUUUAUCCCUUUGGUUUCAAUGUUCUUUGAUUAAACACGAAAAAGCGAUAGGAUAAUAGAAUUAAUUGUGCAAGUAAUUUUUUGUCGACAGAGCAUCACUUUUUAUAUUAUUUAGCAACUUAUUACAACUGCAGCGCAUUUAAACAUUUGAUAGUGCUUAACUGUAUAUUUGUUUUUGAUGCGCAUAAAUUCCCAAACCCCGAUUACAAUAUAAUAUGCAGUUAAUUCGUUUAGUUUUGAUCUGCAUAACAUAUAUGGGUAAAUAAAGGUAAUGUAUAAUUGACUAUAUUCAAUUUAUAUAUAUUACACAACAAUAUAUUUGAAUUGGACAUUGUUGUGUGCAUUGUACUUGCCUACUGUUUUUUUUUUCCUUUCGUACUUCGUUGUAUUUAAACUGCAGUCUGUGAUGUUAAAAUCAAAUAUUACUUAUGCACCGACGUUCGGCGGGCAAUCACCGUGACAUUAUUACAGUAUUAUGCAAUUUGUGCAACGCGUGUUAAUAUAAUAAUUUACUUCUAUCGAAUUCGUUAAUCAAUAACACACGACGGUGUAUAUUAUAAACGUAUGCUUAUUUUUAUUUCGUCAUUUCUCGUCCGUCACCAUCACUAACGUGAAAUAAUAAUAAUAUUAAGUAUAAUUACGAUUUACAUCAUUAUUUUUGUUUGAUUGUUGCAAGUAGUAUCAUUGAGUAGACUAGAACUUAAUGUUCUAAUAAUCGCAUUUUCCGAAAUACUAUAAAACUGGGAAAGAAAUUUUACUGUGCAAGAAAGAAAUCCAAAACGCAUUUUUCCAAUGUAGUUUAGAAAUUCUUUGAAAUUAAAAAGUGCCAACAAAAGUUAUGAUUUAGGUCGUUAUCCAUCAUAUUAUUUUGUUCGAGGUUUGAAACAUGUUUUUUGAUACGAGUUAAAUAAGGUCCAGUAUAUCAAAACUCACAGGGCCCAAUGGAAUUUGUUAGUUUUGACACAAACCGCUACUUUCCGAUUAAAUUUAAACCUGCUAUUGAAACAAACUGAUCACAGAAUCACACUCACCACCAAUAAAACACAGUCACUAACUAGUUUUCUAAUUUUUUUUUUUUUUUUUUGGAACAUGUGCAUUUUGAGUAUUGGCUACUCAAUUGCAUUGUGUUAUUUACAGUAUUCGGUUGUUUAUUGUUUUACAAAUAAUAGUUCAACAAUAUAAACGAGAGAAAAUCGUACUGUAUAGUGAUGACGGAGCUAUGCUGCUAUCGCGGGUGUUUAAAAAUAAUAAUAUAUGUACUCAAUUAUUUACAAAAUACUAUUUUAAUCGCGACGAAAAUGAUAUUAUGAUAAAAUAUAUAACAAAAAAAAACCGUUUUACAAUGACGACGAUGCGCUCAUGUAAUAUCAUUGCCGCAAAAAUCGUUAACAGCGCAGUUAUUAUCCCCCCUCCCCCGACGCUUUGACGUAUAUAUUAUUAUAAUAAUCAUCACUUUUUUCUUAUUUUUUUUUUUUUACUCAUUUCGUCGUUUUUAUUAUUCAAUUUCGGACGAUGUUUUUUUUUUUUUUCAUAAUAACAUAAUAUUAUUACCAAACGAAAAAAUAUUGUUUUCAACACAUUCGCGCGGUUUUUAGAACGUUAAAAUCUCCGCGAUGGCCGGUACGCACUAUAAUAAUAUUGUUAUCAUAUUAUUGUAUUCGUAUGCUGCGGCACAACGACAACGAGCGCGAUGAUGCAAACACGAUGAAAUUGCGAAAAAAAAAAAACACGGUAUAUAAUAGGUACAAUAUGGUUUAUACCUGCGUGUCCGUUCGUUAAUACGUCGCGGUCGUGUACCGCGAAGAUCGGAAGGUAAAAACGAUAAUAAUAAAAUAGACGAAUAAAAAUAUAUACAGGGCGAUUUUUUUUUUUUUUCGUGAACUAGCAAUGAUCGUCUGCGAAAAUGUCGAGUGAAUUAGAUUUUUGGGUUUAUUUUUCUUCUUUUUUUUUGUAUGAAAUUUCUUUACAGCACUGCAGGGUGAUUAAUUUAACGGAAAGCAGCAUGCAUAAUGCACAAUAAAGUGGAACUAAAAAGCAUAAUAUUAUUAAUCAUUACAAACUGCAACGAGUAUCGAAUAUUAAUUCACAUUUCGAAUUUUCAGAGAUAAACAAAACCAAUCGUAAUAUUUUUAUUACUGCACUCGGUAGAUCGCACGGCAUACCGCUCAAUGUGUACGAGUACAGCUGAUAUUUAAACGAAUUUACCUAUAUAAAUUAAAAUGUAAAAUCCCCGCGACGUUCGUCGUAAAACAGAAUCACCCUGUACAAUUCGAUAUACGACAAAGCGAUCCGCCGUAUAGGUAUACAUCUGCGCGUGUUUACAGUCACACCGGAGUAAACACGACAGAAUCUACGGAGUCUUCGGUUUUGUAAACGCGAAAUUAAGUAACCACGGCGUGGCGGAAUACGAGGAUAUUUAGAAAAAAAUAUAUUAUAUUAGAAAAAAAGAAAAAACCGAAUAAUAGCGGAUAUCUAUCGACUCGACGCUGUACGGGAGUUCACGGGUCCGUGAAGUGCGUUGCGCGUUUUCCCCUGCCCGAAUUUUAUUAUUUUUUUUCCCGCCGUCCUAUCCGCGCAGUUUUGCAUCGCGUUUCUCGUAUAUCUAUAUAUACGGCGUGUACUAUUAUAUAAAACGACCGAAUAAUAAUAUAGAAAAAAAAAAAAAUAGUAACAAAACGAACUCACAAUAUUACGUACAUAAUUUUCGUGUUAUUGUAUACUGAUUGUACAUAUAUGUAUUGGGUAUUAUAAUACAUAUACGUUAUAAUAAUAUACGAGUAUACCCAAUACAAUUAUCUAUGAGAGCGACAUCCGGGCGACAACGGUCGGAAUCAUCGGCGGAAAAAAGCAAGUGAGAUGUUACCAAAAAGCAGGCACGUAGACAGGGGGUCAUGGGGGUCUUUGGGAUCUGCAACCCCCUCACCCUUCGAAUUCAAGCUUCUCGCCAGAAAAAUUCGAUUAUUGGUACAACCGUUGGUAUGGUUGGUAAUAAAUUGUAAAUUGUACGUUCGGACCUCCCGUCUCCGAAAAAAAAAUCCUGGCUACGUCGUGCCCGCCAAGAAGCAAAAUGGAAAAAAAGCGAAUGCGAUAAAAUGAAAAAUUACGGACUAAAAAAAAAAAAAAAAAAUAAGCCGUGGACAUACUUCGUAUCGUGAUUGGGCCGUACUGUUAUAGGCGGGAAUAAUUCGGGAACGUAGAAUAUAACGUUAUAAUAUAUAUAUGUAUAUAUAUGUAUCUGAAUAAUACCCGACACAUAAAAAAACGGUCGGUUCGACGCGUUUCGACAAUAUUCAGAAUUGAAAACAAACGGGCACACUUUUUAAUCGCCUUUUAACCGAUUUAAAUAACAGAAAUUCCGCCGGAGACGACGCGAAACGUUUUCGACCACACGAAUAUUGUUAUUAUUUCACGCGUCAAUAUUUUACACUGUCGGCCGGCCGUAGUCGUUUGACGCUCUCCUCUACAUGCGUUGCUCGGGUGUUGUGUUGUUAUUAUUAUAAUAAUAUCAUUUCGCGUUCACAACGCAGCAGUACAAUUGGACGGUGAACACCACACAGACGACGCGUUUUGAACGUGUAUGUGUAAAAUAACAUAAUGUAUAUUAUAAUUGUAUAACGCACCGUAGUACGGUCCGGUUGCCGGACAAUUAAACGUAUACAUUAUACGCGUCUAUAUGUACUGUGACGGAUAAACGUGUACGAUUAUUUUUUUUUUCAUACGUCGACUUAAAAAAAAAAACAAACCAAUAUGCUAUUGAGUACUCAUAAUAUUACAAUCGCGGUUUUUUUUUUUUAAAUAAUAUUAUCUUCUGUUCGAUAUUUGGACCCGCGGCCUAAAACGAUAAAAAGAAGAAGAAAAACGGACAUAGUUCGCACGUGGGUGCGGCCACUGUUGCAGGUGAAAAUUUGGCGAGGUUUAAUGUACACCUGUAAGCAACAAUAAACCCUUGCUAAUGAGAAAACGAUUUUGAGCGGAGUUUAGUUGAUAGUAUUGCUAAAAUAAACAUCUUUGUUAAAACCAUAACUUUCUUCACUCCAAAGUCCAUUCAGAAUCUAAAACUACCUAUACCUAUAAUACCCUCGAGAGAAAUUUCCCGCGGUAAGGGCUGGAUUUUCAUUUUAAAAAUAUAUUUUACUCAGAGGACGCCACACUCUCGCCCCACAUCUAUACUGACUUAGCCCAAUCAACGGCAGCACAGCGCAGUUACGUUAUCUUAUAGAACAUAAGUGUGGUAUUAUGGUUGAAAUUAGAAUUUGAACACAAAUAUCCGAAAUUUAAAGAGAACAAUAUUUCCGAUGCUCAUACAUAUCUGUAGGCUUUCUAAAAGAUCGCUAUACAAAAAAAGUUACAGCUAUUGAAGAACAAAAACUUAACAUGGUUAGUGGCUAUAACUCUUUUGUGUGACAUUUUCUUAGAAAACAAAUGUUUACUAUGUUGCCCGUUAGUAAAACCGAGAUGGUAGAUGCGCGUAUGGCGUUCUCUUAGUUCAAAUUAAAUAUAUUCAAACAGAUAGUUCGGAAAGUGAAGUUACAACGUACCUGUAGCUCCGAGGAAAUUUAUAAUUUGUGUUCAAAUUUAGCACUUCUGCGAAUAGAGAAGGAGAUUCUAAUGAAGAGACUGAGUGGCUGUUGGAAUGCAGUAGCCUGCUGAUGGAUAGUUUAGUCAGAAUCUUUUUCCCGAUCCCCAAAUUAAAAACCGCGAUAGUGUCGGUUUUUCGGGAUUGAAAACGGAUACUCAUCUUUGACUUUUUAUCAGUAGAAUGACUUUUUCCUGUUCGUAUUUUCUUUCAAUAGAGCAAAACGAAAAAAUACAUCCGGCGUUAAGUGUUUGGACUACGAGGAGGGUGGUUUAAAGCAUUUUAACUAACGGGCAUUAUUCAUUAACUGCAGGAAAAUUGUCCCUGUUGUCAGGCUUCUGCCUUUGUUCUGAAUGGUUAAUACCUACUAUACAAUCAUUUGCGUCGUAAUUUUAUCGAAAUUUGCUAUUAUUAUUAUUAUGUUCAAUGUACGAGUACACUUGUAAAAUCGCUGAAAUUUCAUUAUAAUUAGAAUAUUAUAUUGUUGGUACUAUGACAACUCUAAUAUACGUACGCACUACACGUGUUAUUUAUAAUAAUAAUAAUAAUAAUAAUGAUAAUUCGUUAAAAAAUGUCAGCUUUAUAUAAUUAUUAUUUGACACGAAUAAUCUUUAUAUCUAUAUAAAAUACGAAAAUUCAAAAUUGAAACUCGUUAAUAUUAUAUUAUUCAUACCAUGUAAUCCGUAUUGAUGCAUAGAGAUUCCAUAACACAAUAAUAAUAAUAAUGGUCGUCGUAGGAUUAUUUAUAAGAAAUUAUUACGGAAUAAUUGAGCUCUGAAUACGCACUUAAGACGUAUUAAUCUCUCGAGUCAAGCGAUCAGAAUGAAACGAAAACUCAUCUUCUGUAGCAGGUACUCGAGAAUAAUUUUACGUUGAAAGCCGGUUGAUUUUAUUUUAUUUAUAAAUGUGAUGAAAAAAAUAAUCUAUCUAAUAAUUUUGUAGUAUUUUUUUUUUUUUAGAUUCUAAUCGCUGGUGUUACCGUCAUAUUAUAAUGGGUGUGCCUUUUUUCUAUCCGUAAACAACUUUUCUAUUAGAAGUCUUCCUCCGAUCUUCAAAUUCGACAGUGAUUUCUAUAGUAUACAAUUUCGUCUAGUAAGCCCGGGGUAUUAAAGAGGUGAAUUUUUUUCUAUUAUUUUUUUAAAACCGGGAAUAGAACUUCGGAAAAACGAUAAUAGGUACUUUAUAACGUUAUAACGUUUCUCCGUUUUAUUUUUGAUUUGGUUUUUUUCGUUGUUAAUAAUUUAAUACAAAAACUCAUAAUUAGUUAUUUUUACGGAACUAUACAAAUAUCGUAACGAUUUAUUUUUUAUUAUCAGUGUAAUAAAUUUCAAAUUUUGAUGAAAGUGGCAGUUAUGUUUGUCUACAUUUGGUCUAUGGCGCGUUUAUACGAGGAAAACUAUCGAUACGAGUGAUGUUUGGUGAUGAAAAAUAAGUAACCUACAUAUACAUAAUAUACACGGUAUCGAAAUACGUCGAAACCAAAAGUAGGCGAAUAUAUGAAAAACGAAUUUUAUUCUCACGCGCGGACUAUAUUGUAUCGACAAGGUGCGGGCAUAAUCAAUAAACGUACAUAAUAUAUAUAUAUAUAUAUUAUAUAGAUAUAGUGCGCGCGCGCGUGUGUGUGUGUGUGUGUGUGUGUGUGUGUGUGUGUGUACACUGUACAUAUAGCGCAGUAUAGGUACUGCACAAGACCUAGAUAUUCCACGGACCGAGGCCGAAAAAUCACAUAUUAUUUCGUUAUUUAUAUACGACGUUUUGUGCACCAUAAAUAAUAUACGAUAUUAUAGUGUAUUUUUUUACAAAGAGGGGAAGAGGGGGAGGAAAGAAAUCAAAAAAAGACUACUAUAAUAUAGUAUACCGGCAGCUAUCCAAGUACAAUAAUUACUUAUCACCCGCAACAGGUAGCAAUAAUUGUAUAUAUACCUAUGUAUCGUAACAAUCGCGUCAACUAACCAGAACGGUUACCAUUAUAAUGGGAGGUAAGCACGCGGCGAGUACGUACCAAUAUAUAUAUUUUUUAUAUAAUAUUAUUGUGCAUUACAUACGCAUAGACCACGGACACGCGUUUAAAAUUAGUCUACUUUUGCGACGUUUGUGUGUGUGUGUGUGUGUGUGUGUAAAAAAAAACCAGUGUUGCAACGUACAAUGACGAAAGUUCGUCUUCGAGUAGGACGAUUUUUUUUUUUUUUUUUAAUUGUGACGAUUCAUUUCCGAAAGCGUAUAGAUAGAUAUAGUGAUGGUUUAUAAUGUAUUUUGGAGUAUUUUAUAAGGAGUAUACCUUAGGCCGUUUCUUAUACGAAAGUACUUCGUUCUUUUUCAACGCACAUAAUUGCAUGUACCUAUUGUAGAGCAUUUAUUAAUGGUGUGUAUUUAGUCGGGGUGGUUUUUUUCCAAGAAAAAACGUCGGUCAAGAACUGAGAUAGGGAGACAUAAGGGGGACACCGCGGUGUGAUACCAAACCAAUGGAGAGCUUGAACCAGGGCUUGGAACCGAAAUUAAAAAUAUCGGUAUUUGAACGGAGACCUUUUGAAAAUAUCAGAACACUUUUUAAUUUAUUUUUUUUUUAGGAACCGGGAACCGAUAUUUGUUGGAAGUUAAUCGGUUCUGUAUAUUAAUAAUUGAUAUACUCGUAUACACCUAUUUGUUUAUAAUAUAUACAUAUACAUAUUAAAUAUAAAAUAAUAUAAUAUGCUUAAUAAUUUCUUAUAAAAAUAGCGACAACGAUUCAUUUAGAAUUUUAUCUAUCGAAUAAAGAAUUGCACGAUUUAAUAAUGUUAUUUUUAUUGGUAUUCGAAUAAUCAUUAAUAACAUUCAAAUAUCACCACUACCGUUGGCUUUCGAACUUCACAACACGAAUCAAACCUAUUUUUAAAAAAAUUGUUUUGGGCGUUUUCAAAACAAAACAGUAAACUUACUUAAGUCCUUUUGCUCAUUAACAAAGUUAUAAUUUGAUUUUAUUAUUUGAGAUAAUAGUAUGUGCGCGAUUUUUUUUUUUUUUUUUUGAAAACCCGAAUUUGAACCAAACCGAAAAUAUAAAGGUGUCAAGCCCCGAUUUAAACGCGAUUCAAAAUCGUUAUCACUAGCCACUACGUUAAUACGAGUGAACACCUCCUCCCCCUUCCUUAAUAUAAUAACCCAGAUAUCCGCCUGGUUGGCUGGCCCAGCCACGCUCUAUAGCCAUACGGCUACUACAUACUACGGCACCCUAAGCUACGCUAUUAUACACGCACCGAAUUUGAUAUUAUUAAUUCGAUUACUGCACUGCGCGUUUCGGUCUCCGCGAUUAAUCGAAAUUUGAAAGUUUACAAAGUCAUAAUAUAAUAAUACGAUUAUUGAUAUAUACCGACGACUCGCAGCGACGACGACGGAACACAAUUCGAUGGGAAAUGUAUCGACACAUUAUUAUUCACGUUAUUGUACUCGGCAAUUGUCUUUGUCCGGUCAACCGAGUCCGGCGGCAUCGGAAACGACACUUAUUAUAUAUUAUAUUUUUGUUUAUGUAUGUAACGAAACGCUAUAACUCAUGGGACGAUAAACGCGCGGUGUACCGACAUGUUUUGUUCGGUGAUUUUUUUUUUUUUGGAGUGACCAAUACUGAUGACCACACCCCGUCUCGCGUUUUGUGUACGUCUUGGGCAUAUGGACCGCAUGUGUACAGAAAGAAAACGAAAUCGAUAUUGAGCGAAACAGAUAGAACUAGUGGAUGAACUUACUAAUCGUGGAAAAUAUUUUUAUUUUUUUUAUUCUACAACUUGUACUAUACUGUUAUCACGAGUUAUCUAUAAAUUAUGUCUACAGUAUUUGAUCGCAUGUAGUUAUAUCUAUGGAAUAAAGAAAUAAUAAUACAUAUUCUCUUUCAUGAUAGAUCCGAUAUUCUAUCUCUCCUACUAAAUAUCUUGUCAAGUUGUCGUACAAUAGAUAAAGGUGGUUGAAUGCAUGGUGCAUAGUCUAUGGUCUUAAGCGACUCGAAAAUCAGACUGAACCUGAUAGUAAAAAAGGAGUAUCCGGGAAGAAAAAAGACAAUUUAAAAAAAAAAUAUUUCUUUCUCCGGAUAUCAUACUUGACUUAUCAGGUCCACUAGUUGAUAAGUCCAUGACGUAUACGGUUCAAUUCUAUAUCAGACAUUGUGCACGAUCGUGUUGUACAAAUCUAAUAUGCAGGAUGAUUGGUUUUUUUUUCACUCAGAUCACCCAGUUUUAGGCUUAAAUAUUAAAGGUAGAUUUGUUCGAACUUUGAUUGAUUUUAUUUCCAUACGAUUUUUUCAAAAAUACUUGCAGUUUUGUAACAAUAUUGCAUAAACUUUUGAUUUUCAAACAAGAGUACGCAAAUAUAAAAAUUAUAUAAUUCUUCGCUAUUAAUGUUUCUUUGUGUAUAUCAAAGGCGAAAUUCGAAUUUAGGAGUUUAUAUCUCAACAGCCUUUUCAAUAAUUCAAGCACACACAGAUUAUGUGAUUGCGUUUGCGCUUUAAAAUGAUAUCAUAUAAAAACAAUCAACGCGAUUUGUCUUGUCAAGUCUACUCCAUGUCCCUUUCAAUAACCUCUUGUUGUUGCAACCAAAAAGUUUAAAUUCUCAAAUACGUUUUUUUUUUUUCUUUAAUAUAACCAAUAAUACGAUAAUUUUCGUCGUUUCGUCAUAGUCUAUUUUAAUUUUUUUUAUUUAGCAGUUUGUAAUGAUAUAAUAAUAGUAUUGACUUCAACUGUACACGAGAAAGGAGUAUAUAGUUAUUAUUACCUACUAUUAUUGUUAUUUUUUUAUAUUUUAUUAAAGGAAUACUUGUAUUCAUUUUUUUUAAAAUUAUAAGUAUAUAUCUAUAUGGAAAUAAUAUGCGUCUCGCACAAAUGCUUUAAAAUAUUAUAUGUUAUUACCACGCCACAUUUAAAAUCAUACCAAAACGGCUAGAACAACACAAAUUUCCUUUCAUAAAAUAAGUUACACUUGAUACAUCGGAGCAAAAUUUCUGGUAGAAAAUUUUGCACAACAAAUCGAGGGGUAUUUUGCGAUUAAAAUAGUCCGAAGGAGCGAUGACUUGAGUCUCUAGGUACAUCCAAAACGCAUUUGUUUUUUCCUUAUUUUGGUAAAAGGUGUUUAGUGUGUUGCAGUUUCUUUUCGGUUUCUGCAGUCGAAUGCUGGUGAAAAUAUCAAUACCCAUUUUCCCCUAAUUUUAUUGUAAUAUAAUUGCCACGCAUUGAAAUUUAUUACUGUCAUCAAAGGACAAAAGAAUGGCUAAAAAACGUACCUAGUGGGUAAAUUAUUGGUGUUUAGAGAGAGCAAAUUACUCACACUCCUCCGACGAUUUUCGCUAACGCCGGUUUUGUGUUAAUUUAUGAAAAAUAAGACGGAGUGCGUUUAAAUGUUUUUUUAGAAAAGAUGAGGUACUUUGGCCGUUAAUUCAAGCGAUGGUUAUUAUAUUUAUAAUAUAUUCAUUCGUUAAACCAUGUUUCGGCGAUACGCUUUUCGUUAAACAAUUUGCGGCGUUGUUUACGGUCGUUUGUUACUCGGUUGCGAUUUAGCGAAAACGUUUUGUUUGUCGUCCACUAUUUUGUACCAAUAGAUAGCCAGUAACCGAAGAAAGUAAAGUCAGUUUUUAAUUGUCUGCUGAUUCUCCGGAAACGCGGCCGUCGACAAGUGCAUUGAGUUAUCAAACAAUUGCGGUAAACAAUAUCAUCGAAACUGCAAUUUGUUCGCCAUAAACUAGUAACAACCACCUAACCAAACCGCGUCGCCGAAACAUGCGACAAACGUAAUAUUACGCGUGUGCUUAUGCGCGCAAAAGUCGAUAAUACGUAAUACUGGCAAUUUUAUUCGCAGUUAUGGAUUUUUUUUACAUACACAUACCUACAGGCGAGAUGCGUUGCGCAUUUAUUUUAAAAUGUCUAUUGUUUUUUUUUUUUUUUAUUAUUAUUAUUGUUAUUUGUCUAUUAUAAACGUCGGUUGACUUUGCAAUAAUGUUGUUAUUAAAAAUAAUGUGAUUAUAUCAUAUGCACAUAUACACGAUAAUAAAUAAUUCCAAUUGCAUAUAAUAUUAUAUUAUACACCACGGUCAGUCGCGGGAUGCAUACCAUCACACCUCGGGGCAUGGAGAAGAAUGAGAGAAAAAAACAACACGUUAUUAACAUUAUUAUUGUAGGCUGCGCACAUACGUAGGCAGUUGUGUCCUACCAUAUACUAAUAUAGGUAUACGUAGAAAAAUAUUCUAAAUUUUCCGAUUUUGUAAUACUGCGGCAACAACCGGCUUAUCCACAAUCACGCAACGUCUUUAACACACUCGUCGUGAUAAUGAUUAAUGAAUCGUGUGGCCUUAUCUUUAUUGUUUUAUUUUUCGUUGUCGCCGCCGUCGUAAAUGAACUAAACGUGUAAACGACACGUUUGAUGAUGUUUUGAAAUUACACAGGUAUUUAUUAUUAUUAUUGUUAUUAAUAACGGUCACAAAGGAACGCGUACGAAACGAUCGUAAAAAUUAAAAAAAAACGUUUUAUUACAAAAAAAAAAAAAAGCCCUAAUGGGUGUGCUACUGUUUUAGGAGGAUUUGUUUUCGAGUGGUGGCGUAUUAUAGGUGUGUAUACCUAUAGUACCUAUAGUCGAGUACUUAUUAACUACGCGUAUUCAAUUCCAUUCAUGAAUAAAAUUUGUUUCAUAAGGCUGAUAAAAAAAACCUAAUGUAGCAGUGGCGUAAUAACGGGGAGAAGGAGUGCGGCUGUUUUGGAUUUUGGCUACUUUUAGUACUUUUAUAAAUUAUAUUGCAUCAUUGUUUUGAUGAAAAUUAAAUGACUGUAUACUUUUUAUUACCUAUCUUGUUAACAAAUCGACGAUGAUUCAGCACACGUCCUCGUCGCGAUUCGGUGGAAAAACGCAAAGAAAAAUGCCUAUACGUUUUUUCUGCACUUAGUUUAUUAGGACUUCCAGUAGUACUUAUAUCUCUACCUAUACAGUUUAUAGAAGUGAUGAGUGGCGUCUAUCACCACCUAUUUAUUGUGCACCGCGGUCACUUGUCGCUGUAUUAAGAUGGGUAGAGAAAAAAAGAAAACAAACAAUAAUACAUAAAUGCGUCGAGUUUUGUUUGUCAUGUCGUCGUCGUUUCAUCAUCACACUGCACCUAUACGAACGUUUCGAAACGACAUAAACGCAUACAUUACUCAUAUUAUUAUUAUAAUCACGCGUAUUAUAUUAUGAUAUAGGCUUCGGUAGAAAUAAAAAAAAAAAAUAAAAAAAACAAUACAAAAAAUAUCGAACGAGUAAACAUAUAAAUUAUUCUAAAUGCAUAGACUAUAGGCAUAUUGUAAUACGUCACAAGUUCGCAAACCGAUUACGUUAUUAUAAUAAUGUUGUAGGGGAAGAGAAGUAUUAUAAACGCCUAUGCAAUAAAACGUAGUGGAAUUUAUUUUAUUAUUUUUUUAUCCUUGUAUUAUUAUCGCGAUUAAAAAGUGUUUAUAUACGUGGAAAAAUAUAUCGUUAAAUUGAAAUCAAAUUCGAAAAGCUGACGAUAUCGGAGCGAAGAAAAAAAUACUCGUAAUAGAUUCUAAGUAAUAGCGACGAAGCUCUUAGUUUUACAAAUAUAUUGUGUGUUUUGCCCGUCGGAAAACCUUUCUCGAUUGUUAAACAUAGUUGUUUAUGAAAUAAACGAAAUAAUUGGUACAAUAUAGAAAUAAACAAAAAAAGAUAAAAUAUAUUAAAUGCUAAAAUGAAUUACGUUAAAACAACUUGUGGUCAGAAAUUCAUGGACUAUCUAGGCCCUACUACUAUGUUUAACUCAUUCGAUUAUGAUGUAAAACAAACAUUGUUUGUUUAUAAAAAUAAAAAUUUUAAAAAAAGGGCAUACUUCGCACGAUGGAUAGGCCACUGUUGUAGACGAGAAGUUGGGAAGGUAGAGGGGAAAUUUAAUGUAUAUCUACGCAAUGUAUAUAUAUGUAAUCGUACGCAACGAUUAAUCAUUGCUAACGAAAAACGAUUCUGAGCAGAGUUCGGUUUUAAAUGCUUUCAAAGGCCAUAAUAUUUACGAUUUUAAAAUACUAUACUUCAUAAAUUCUCCCGUUUUAACUACGUUUUUCCAGGUUUUUAUCAUUUAUUGUGAAAACUCCUGUAAUGAUUUAUCGCCCCUAACUUCUUGUUACAUAUAGUGGUCUACUCAUUCUGCAUAGUAUGUCCGACUAUCUUUUUAUUUAUUUCUUUGCUAAUAAACUAAGGAAGUUUUGCGUCAAUAAUAUCUAAAAUACAAUACCAAACAUCAAAUUUACCAUCGUCGUUUAACAGACGAACGCGUUUCUAUAGUCAAAUCAAUUCUCGUUUAACAUCGAUCGCGCACAUACUUAAAAUAUUUUCAGUAUUAGCGGUACCUACCUAUAGUUAUUAGAAAGUUCGGUUUUGUAUACUUAGGAUUGCCAAAUACAUGACACGGCCACCGGACUCUUCGCCGCAUUCCGAAUCUGAAAUUAAAUCGUAUGUUUAACUAUUAUAUAAACUAUAAUAAUGUCUUAAAAAAAAUCAAAUUCAAUUUUACUCGAAAUAUUAUCGUAUCAGCGAAUAUAUUUUCACUGGUUGUUUAACAAUAGAAUACAAAUCUAAUACAUCAGAUUGCAUGUUAUAUAUUAUACAGGCUAUCGAAAAAAACAAUUAUUUACAAAUGAAAUCUUAAUAUAAAAAUUUUAAAAAAAUAUUUCCAAAUGUUAUGUGUGGAGUGUGCUGUUAUAUGAUUGUAAAACACGGACCAUCCACUAAACUGGACAAGAAAAAGUUAAAGUCAAUGCAAAUUUGCAUCAGAAAAAUAAUGAUCAAGGUCAGCCGGACAGAAAUGAGAAGUAAUUAAUAAAAUAAUAAAGUAAAAAGAAAAUUAUUAGAAUGAUUAAUACUCGUACAUAAAUAAAGUAAAUGCAUAUAUAAAUAAAAAAUGUAUACACAAAAAUAAAAUAAAUAAAUGAAUCAAUACGUCGCCUGGAGUAUUAUGAUAAGUGAUAUUACACGACUGGUUUAAAAAACCAAAUUAAAAAAUUCUUCAUCGGGUAUAUCACAGUCAAAAUGUAAAACGCGACUGAAUAAAAGAAAUUAAAUGAAGGAAUACAUGGGAAAAAAAUUUGUACAAAUUGGUCAUUUUAUAUAGAAAUAAUUUAUUUUAAUAGGAGAGAUUAUUUAAAAUUAGUUAUUAUUAGACAUAGAUAUGUUAAGAAAUAUAAAUAAUUUGGUUAUUAUUUAUUAUCUAAAAUGUAUUGACGCAAGAUAUUAUNAUUAAAAUUAUUUUUCUUUAUUUCAUUGUUUAUGUGUAAUUCUUCUAAAACCGAAUUAGUGUAAAUGUUAUUUCGAGUACUUAAUAUUUCUAAGUCUGUAUUAAUAUCAAAACUUACAUUAUGGUUAUUUCCUAAAACAUAUUUAGCGAAAUUUGAAUUAGGAGUAGUAUUUUUUAAUUUUAGUUCAGAAAUGUGUUUUUUAAAAAUGUCUAUUUAUCUUACAAUAUAUUACAAUUUAUGCAAUUAUUAUUUAUAUAUAAAUAAUGUAAUAUGUAUAACCUAUAUACAAUUUAUUACAGUUACAUAUAAGUUUAUAUAUACCAGCAUUUUAAAAAAGGAGGAUUUUUUGUGAAGUGUUUAGUUCUAUUGUUUAUAAGUUUGAUUAAAUUAUUAUUAGUCUUAAAAGCGAUUUUUACAUUAUUUGUAUUAUUGUUCAGAAUUUUAUCGAAUUCGUUAAACAUAUUUAUUUUGAUAUUUCAUACUACAAUAGUUAACAGCAUUAUUUGAUGAGUUGUGUAUUAUUUUUUCUUUAACACUUUUAUGAAUGUUUUUCAUAAUAUUUAAAUUGAAAUUAUUUUUAUGAGCUCGUGUUGAUAAUUAUGUUUAUUUAAUGGAACACGUUCAAGCUAUAUUAAGAAUAUUGAAUUAAAAAAUGAUAUUUUUUGAGAAUAAGAAUGAUUAUUAUUAGAAGUGUUAAAAAAAAUGUAGGGGAAUAAAGAUUUUUGUUCAGUGCUGUAAGGGAAAGGAGCGGACAAAUGUUCGGUUGCCUGUUGAGGCAUGAUUCGUUUUUCUCAAACUAUUUGAAGGACGGGGAAACGAGCAAAAGUGAAGACGAAGACCCAGGAAGACAUUUCUCAAAGAAACGAUGAGACAGUCUGAACUGCGUGCAUCAUGAUUUUUCAUCCAGUAUGCCGAUAUGAAGAUUGAUUGCCAAUAAGAGAUUGGAUAUGCACAGAGUAUAAUGGGAUCCAGAUUGACCGCAUUACAUGGCAUUUCGGGAGAAGAAAAAGAUACGGACUAUAACCGCUGGAAAAAGCGUGCGUUCGAUCGUUAAUGCGAGUUACAUUCGUGACCUCUGAUGCGGUAUUUUAGAACUCUAGACGUAUAUGAUUACUGAACGAGUGACCGUCAUUUUUCUAUUUUACCAUUUCGCUGUCGUGUUUACAUACUUAUAAGCGAUUCUUGACAAAUUUUCGUUCCGUCUUUCCGCAGACGGUUUUCGUUGGACCGAUUUUAUUGUAACCGCGCACGCGUACCUUUGUAGUAGGUACACGUUAUUCGUCGAUUUUUAACACUGUACUAUAUAUAUAAAAACUAAACGGACAUUUUGACGUUUUCACGUCAGUUAAUAUUAUAAUGUACAGUUAAAAGUUUACAGCGAUAUAACUAUCUUAAUGAUUACUAUAGGUUUAUGAAAAUGCUAAAAAAAAAAUGUAAAAAUCGCAUGCAACGCGCAAUAUUUAUAAACUCGAAAGUAGGUCGAAAAACGUUUUAUAAAUAUAUAUUAUUGUUUUCUUGUGUUUCUUUUUUUCGCGAUGUUUGGAAAAUCGACAGCGUUCGGUACUGUGUGUAAUGUGUAUUAUGGUCGUAUACGUAUAGAUAUUAUUGUGUUCGGCACCCAUAUGCGAAAAACUCAUUUUUUUUUCUUUUUAAUGAAAAUCAUGUAGUCAUAUAUUUUGUAAUAAUAUUAGGUAGAUGUAUAUUAUAGUAUAAUUUGUUGCAGACGAGUUCAAAUAGAUUAUUGAAGUCUACAAAAUUGGUUUUCCAUUGUACGUCCGAAUACAAUGUGUGUACACGUCAUAUAUAGGUAAGGUAUAGUGCGGUAAAAAAAAAAAAAAAAAAACGACUUUAUAUUUAUUGUGCGAUGGUGCCGAGAGAAAAGAAUACAUAAGCGAUACGAAGAGGUGGCGGAGAAACUACAAAUGCGACUAUCGGUACAAUAGAUGUAUAAAAUUAAUUAUGAAUUUAUUCGGCACCCAUAUGCGAAAAACUCAUUUUUUUUUUUUUUUUGUUAUCAUUGUCGAACGGAGUAUAAAUGCAAAUCUUUUAGUGUCGCGUGUGUACCGACUACCGGUCGACUGUUGUACAGUACCUAUAUACCUAAUCAAAAUAUCGCCAACACAAUAAUAUCCCAAUGUAUAAUUACAAAUUUUAUCUAGUAUGCGUUAUUAUUAUUGUGCUAAAGAGGAGGACGUGAUAACGCAGCGUGUACCGUUUCCAUCUUGCGUACGCACGAAAAUCGAUUGGGUUCAGCGGGGACAAUUUCUUGCUGGUGGUUUUGUACAGUGGAUCGACAAACUCAAGGGUAUAAGAACAUGCUAGGAUAUCGAACGUGUCGGGUUUUUUUCGAAAUUUCAGUUUUCAAUCGAGAUACCACGAUAUAAAAGUGGUCUUCAGCUCAUAUUACCUAAUUCCUUUUCUCAUAAAGAACAGCGAUUUGUAUCGCCUUGUCUGAAAUGUCGGUCGUCGUCAUAAUAUAAAGUCUUCUUUACUGCGUUUAAUCGGUAAUAGUGAGCAUUUAAAAAGAUAUUGCCUGCGUACUGUUCCUCACCGCACACAUAUUUUUAGGCAUCUUUCAUUCUCCAAUUCACCAUAUUAUGUUGACAGAGUUUUGAGCAACUUGUUACUAUAACGAACAGUAAACACUAUAAUAUUAUUAUAGUUUAGCGAAUAAACUGGUUUGACGAUGUUGUUUACUGCAUUAAUGACUUAUAAUUACUGAAUGCAUUUUUCGACAACCGGGUUGCUGGAAUCGAUUAAAAACUACGUUCACUGUUUUCGGCUACUGAUCAUCCAUUGAUAAAAUACUCUAUACUGCAGUAAACAAAACGUUUUGGCGAUAUUGAAACCAAAUAGCAAAUAAUGCAGUAAACAAAUACAACUGAUUAUCAAAAACUGCAUCCCCAAAACGUGGCUUAAAAUGCUUAUUUACCAUUAAAUUUCAUUGUAUGAUUCACUUGUAAAUUCACUUUUGUAUUAAAACUAUAAUGGUACGAAAUUGUCUCCGUCGAACGCAAAUAUCAUUCGUCAUGUCGUGCGUUUGUAUGGUAUCAAGCCAAGUUCACAUGAUGGUCAAAAUACUUGAUAUGUGUCAAACUUCGAAUAUUUUAGAACCAUACCUAAAAUAUUUGAAGUGUUCUUGAAAUAUGUGAUUACUGGAUCGAUAAUAAAUUUCUUUAUGAUCGUUUUAUAUGGGCGUUCUUGUGUCUUAUUUGUUUGUGGUAUGUAUAGUAUCACAGUUUAAACAGAUGUAAGAUUUGACCAAUCACUACCAUCAACCAUAAUGGUUACUUCGAUAUAAUAUUUGAAAGAAAUGUUAACCGUGUGGAUUCCGGGUCAAGACGGAAAGAGCAUACGCUUGCUGCAGGUAUCACGUCCUCUAAAAUUAUAUCUGCAGUGAUACCCGAUAACUGUGGUAACCUUCUAAUUGACUUAUUCGUGUCCUUUUUUUUACGAUAUAAUUUUAAUAAUAUUUUCGGUAUUAUCGUUAUAAUAUUAUAAUAUAUAUUUGAUAAUUUUGAAAUUCCGUACACACGUCAGUACCGGUGGCGGCGUGGCGUUCACGUUGAAUUGUAAUACGCGUUCGUGUAGAGUAACUUGAUCGAUAGCCAAUAUUUUUAUGGUUUUUUUUUUUUUUACCAUCGCUUUAUAGAAAAAUUUGUUUGAAAAAACUCGUACUGAAUUAAUAUAUUUUUUUUAUUAUAAUAAAAUAAAAAUUCGGUAUUACACGAAUGUUUCGUUUUUAUCACUGCCGUUAAGUUAUUCAAGUUCGUCGUCGUCGUCGUCGUCGUUGGUCGUAACAAUAAAAAAAUACACGCUCAAAAUACAAUACAAUACGUAUGUUAAAUAAUUUCCAAAUGACAUUAUUAUUGUUACGCGCAUUCAAUACACGACGAUAAAUACUUUUUUUUUUCUUUUUUUUUUUUUUACCAACCUUGCGCCGAUUUUUAUACCUAUAAUACGUUUGCGUUAUAGACAUUGGAAAAUAUGACCAGUGUUCUAUAUAUUAUAAUAAAAAAAAUCCGCGAUUUUUAAACUAACUAGGUACCUUUGUGAUACGUAUCGUUGUCGUGUGACGUAUAUUUUACACAAAUUAAUGAAUACAAACACAUUAUAAGUGUAUAAACACGUACAAAUAUAUACUCAAGGUCAAUUCUGGGCAGGUUUCAAGGUUCUUCUUGGAUAAUAUAAUAUUCUCGGAUAGUAUAAUUGGAUAUAUACAAAUUUGUUUAUAAAUAUAUAUCUUUGACUUUAUCUUAUUACGUACAUAUAUAUAUAUAUAUACAAAUAUAACAAUAUUAUUUGUCUAUAAAAAAAACAGCGACAGCUGCAGCUGCUGUGAUAUCAACGGCUACAGACAGUAUAAUAUACAGUAAUACGUACAACAGGUACUUAUAAUAUUGUAAUACCUUGUUGCAGAAUUUUCUCGCAAGAAACACGAAUACGACUCGUGUACAAUAAUCGCACGUCUACACUUAAAAAUCGCUUUAUGCAUCGUAUACGUUCGAAAAUCUCGUCGUCGUUGAAAUCGCAUCAAAGUCGCAUAGAAUACUAUCGUAUCGUCGACUGCAGUGCCCGCGCAAACGAAAUAAACGAGAAGUUGAUUCUGUGAAUUUUAUUUUUUUUGUCCGUUCGUCGUAAAACGCAACCUUAUACAAUAUAGACGCGGACGUAGUACAAUCGCUGCGAACUAUUACGGCUUUCUAUGUGUAUAUACGGUAUAUUUAAAUAUCAGGAAACUCCCUUAUAGUUCCCUUGCCUUUCUCUGUAUAAUCUCCCCACAAGUGGCAACCACCUGCAAAAAUUGCGCUACCUGUUGCCGCACAAUGACGUGUUAAAAACUAAUUAAUAGGUUAAUCGUGACGCGCGUCUGCACGUAAUCGCGAAUAUUACCUAUACCUAUAUGUGUACUCUUAUAUACACCCGAACUUUGCCGAAAUAAUAUUAUUAUUAUAAUGUAACGUUUCGGUCGGUGUUUUAUUGAAAUAUUCACACACGAUUCCGUCUCACCGCGGGCUUUGCCGUAAUAUACGCGUACCUACGAAAUAUUAUUAUUACGACGAUCGUCUCUCGUCCUUCCACUCUUGGUCACGACUCGUUCGGUAACCAUCGUGCGCAUUAGGUACUUACUUACUGGUUAGCGAACGUAACCGCGCGCGCUCGAUCGUGUGUAAAUCACGACCUAUCUUAAGGUAUAAGGAUAUAUGAUAUGUAUAGACAACACGAACGAAAAUCACACACCGAACACGUUUAAAUGCGCGUGUAAUUAACGCGUUAUAAUUAUAGCGAAGAUCUUAGUUAAAGAUCUGAAGAACGCGAAACGGCAUAGGAAAAAGAAAAUAUAUUAUCGUCGAGGAGGAUUCAAGGGGGUUGCGCACUAUAAAUUAUUAUGGUGUAGAGAUUUUAACGUUCGGCGUUUUAACGUUUGGCUCGCGGACAGCGGCGAAACCGACUAAAAACUCCUAAACUGAAUAUUAUUGAUAGGAAAUGGCACAAAAAAAAAAAAAGUAAAUAUCUCAAAGAAAAAACAAUUUAUUUCUUACAAGAAUACCGUAAAAUUUCGUGUUUAGACUCUUCGGCGUGAGGUAAUAAUAUUGCUGUAUAUUUUUUUUUCAACAGUAAUCGUUCUUAUUCGUUACAAGUCCAAAUAAGCUCUAAAAUUCUCUCCGCUCGACGAUUAAUCGCAUUAUAUUAAACACGCGAAUAAAGAAUUUUUUUUUUUUUCGUGUAUUUCAUACUACGAGUAUAAGUAUAUAGCUGUCCCGUCUGACGUUGCCCGUGCCAAAAGAAAUACAAUUCCACAAUGAACAAAGUAAUCAGUAUCUGUAGUAGGUACUGUGCGUUAUAACGGCCCUUAUGCGAUCUUAUUUAUUUGAUUGUUUUAGAUUCUGAGCGGAGCGAGGGAUGUAUAUUGGUUUUACAAUGAUGUUUAUUUUCAUUUAUUUUUCUGUGAAAAACUUUUCAACCAGAAACUUUACUCCGAUUUUCGAGUGUACCGCAUUUCUGAUAGGAAAUUUUAUUUGGGAGGUAAUUUUUCAGUAGUUUUGUGAUUUUUUUCAGCGGAUUAUUGUGAUUAUGACCAUAAUGGUCAUAUUGAUUGUGAAAAACCAUACAAAUUUUUAAUCAUGAAAAGUGAAAAAAAUUAUGAAAUUUUUUUCACUUUUCGCUUAUUGUAUUCGUCCGGGAAAAUAUCGCGCGGUCGAUUAUUAUAAUAAUUGUCAUCAUCUACGACAACGGCGGCGACGUGAUGAAUCCUGCGGGCCGAGGUUAAUACCGUCUGCAAACGACUGCGUCGUAGUAUUGUUAUGAUCAUUAUAGGUAGGGUGUACGCCAUAAACGCGCAGUUAUAAGACAAAACAAAAUAAUAAUAAAAAAAAAAAAAAAAAAAAAACUCUUGAAUAUACAGCGAGUAUUAAAGACCUAAUGGCGUGAUGUUUGCGCGCGUUCACGGCCAGACGAACGUCGUCGUUUUAGCGCCAACUCUACGCGGUAACAUUAUUAUAAUAUUAUCCUCAUGCUCUUCGGACUCGUCGAGUCAAUUUUUUUUCCUCUCCGCGUUUUCACGGCGCUAUUAUUUCUCCCGGAUUUCUCUCGGUCGUACGGUUUUAUUGUUUUAUGUUCGCGGCCGUAUUAUAUAUACUGUUGUUUCGCGGGACUACGACGACGGUCAAUCAAAACUAUAUGUAUGCGUGCGUACCGUUCCAUUACUAUACGUCUAUCCGCAGCGAUCGUUAGCCGGACGGUAAAAAAAAAAAUACAAUAAUGAUUAUUUAUAUCGUCCGCGGCUACUCGCCGACCGCCGGCGAAUCGCGCCGUCAGAACAUUACACGGCUAGCCGUGGCGUUGAAAACCACUCGGAAAACCGAGUUAGUUCUAAUGUGAGUUAGGUUUGUACGCGCUGUUCUAACAAAUAUAGACGGGUACCUCUACCUGCGAAAUAAUAUAUUGUAACAUUUCGCCGUCGAAUCGAGUUCCGAAUUUGCGUGCAAAUGCAAUAUUAUUAUUAUUAUUAUUACGCUUACAUACGCGAAGAGCGCAGGAGAAUAAAGGUCCGCGUUUUUUCCAACUGUUUGACACAACGGUACCGUUCGGUGUAAGAGCAGCCGACCGCCGGGAGAAUCGGAGGAUCGGGUGUGCGACGGCACGGUCCUGGUGACCGAUGAUCCCCCCCCCCAAAUGGAAGAAAGAGGAGAACAGAGCUUUGGCCAUUCGACGGUACUUUGAGACUAUCUUAUCGAAAGUCGAGUUCCGUCCGGCGAAAACAUGUUUCAGUUGGAUAAUAUUCAAGGGAAAAUACUGCAGAAUGCACUGGUUAAAAAGUAACGUAGUCCGUGCAGCUGAAUAUUAUUAGAAAAGUUUUGCUCUACUUAACAGUUUUCAGUCAUACGACAAUAACUAUCCCACCUUCAUUAUAGCGCUUUUCACUUAUUUAAACUGAAAAAAAAAAAAUAAUAAUGAAAAAUUGAAUCGUCUCACAAUUGAAUUGACUUUUUUUCUAGUUAUCAUUGGACCACUAUAAACCACAUUUAAGCUAUCAAUUUUUUAUCAAAUAUCUCCGAUCUCCCGCAUUUUCGAUUCUCGAUCCUAUUGUCUUAGUCCUUUUACAAUUAUCCGUUUUCUAUAUAAUGAUCAUCGUUUAUAUAUAUAAAUAUAUUUUCUCGUUCAACUAUUACAUUUAACACUCUAACUCUAAAUCGACGUUUCGUUUUAUUGGGCUACAACACCGCGACGUUCUGGUAUAAUUGCGGGAAGAGAUACGUAGAUUUACGUAUAGCUUAGCCGAUGCGAUAUUUCAUAUAUAUUUCGUCGAUUGGCAAAUUGUGCAAUUACGCUCGUUUCGCGUUUUUUUUUUUUUUUUUUAAUGUCCCCUUUGUUGUCGCAGUUAGACUUGUAAUUUAUUUUUUUUUUUACACGUUCCUAUAACGAUAUUAAAUUAUAUUAUACAGUAUUCUAAGAAUUGGGUUAUAUUUAUGUUUUACGCGCGCGACGACCAUGAAUUGUAUUAUUAUAUUAUAACCAUUAUUAUGGUCGUUUUACUAAAUUAUUUACAUUGUAUAUGGGUAAUAUUGCAAUAAUUUCCCGAAACCGCAUUAUUAAAAUAUAUGUCGCUGAUCGUCGUCGGUAUAUUUUCAUUUUUUUUAUUUGUUCGUCGAACGAAUAUUAUUCAAAUUAUUACUCUGUACGUUUAUUAUUAUUAUUAUUAUUUUUUUUUUGUUGUAGUAUAAAACCAAUACCCAUUAAACUUACUUGCGACGAUGAUUUAUCGCUUAUAUGGAUACAAACCAUAAUCGCACUAGUGCCAUUAUGAUUAGACCGUAAAAACGUCGAAUCAUAUCAAAUGUUUCGUUUUUUUUUUUUUUUUUUACUAUUAAAUAUUUGCAUUUUAUUAUUGCGACAACGCCAUCUCGUAUUAUUACAUUAUUUCCAUAUAUAUCUACCGUAAUAAACGAUUGCGAAAUCUGCAGUGCAACUCAAUGACAUCUAAAGGUUUUUUUUUUUUUUUUGUUACUUUUCUCCAAUUUUCAUUGUUUGAUUUCCAUAAAACGACCGUCGAUUUCAUACGCCGGCAGUUCUCCCUGAUGUGUGCGACGAUUCGUCAAAGAUUCGCGAUAAUUAAACUCCCAACGCUUAUGAAUACAUAUACACAGUUAUACAUCGGCAAUACCAUAGGUACCGAAAAAAUAAAACAAUGUAACGAAUACCGUCGAAUCGACUCCCAACUUCCGCGGUUAACUACUCUGUCGACCACCGCCGGCAAUCGGCUCUCUGUAAAUAUUUUCAACACGCGGUUCGAGUCGUAUAUUUCGAAUAAAAGUUGAAAAAGUACGUGUGAUUUUAUCCGUGACACAGUACCGGAUCACCGUCUAAAAUUAUCCAAUCCAAAUAGUCCAAUUCUAUUCGAUUAAAUCUAAGUAUAAAAUUAUCUCGGAAAUUUAGAAUUUGGCAAAUAAAACAAAUGUUUGGUUUUUUUUUUUAAAUUACGUAUAAAUAAUUCGUAUCUAAUAGGCUACAGAAAAAAAAACAAAUGUGAUAAUUUGAUUUUUAAAUUAUUUCGAUGUAGGUAUUAAUUAAGUACAAUUGAUGAAUGAAUGAAUUUUGAACGGUUUUCGCCGUUUCAACGCGGGAAAAUAUCGACUACCUGGGUUUUGGGUGCCGAUUCAAAUUACACCGAAAACAACAGUUUUAGGAAGUUAGAGAUAAACGAUCUAUUAGUAAAAACCUUACGGUUUUCUAUACGAACAGCGUAGUAUAUUAUUAUUCAAAAUAAUGCGAUAUCACUUUAUAUAAUAUGACUUUAAUAUUGACUCCAAUAUUCAUUUCUACCGAGACACGAACAUUCGAAAAACGUUAAAACAAAAAUAGCAUAAAAUUAAUAAAAACAAAAAUACAAAACAAAACAACAAACGAGUUUUCCGUUAAGUAAUUAUAUUUUCUGAACAACACCUCCUCCGGGUUUGAAGCUGCAAUUCAUGUAGAAACAUAAUCGUUCGAUUUUACAAUAAAUACCUGUUAUACGCAAUCGUAUGAUAAUAAUUAAAUAUUUUGUAGGGACUAUUCGUUUUUUGUCAGUACAUUUUUAAACGCUUAUAAUAGUGUACAUAUUCUGUCUUGCCAACUAGUUUUUUUCACGAUUUCGAAUUAAAGUCGUUUAAUCGUACGCGUACUGUAUCGUAUUUUUAUAUUCCCUACUCUAUAAAAUGUAAUACAUUCAUUGAGAUGUGAAAACUACGGGUACAAACAAUAAUAAUAAUAUUAUUAUUUCCAAUGAUAAAUUCGAAAUUAGAUUUCAGAUUCCGAGUGUAGCCAUGAACGUUAUGGCGAAAUUCGAUUAAACGCUGACCGCCGCUCGUAGCCCAUUUUUUCGUAUUGUUUAUUUGUUUGACAGACAUAUUUUCCCAUUUGCCAUAGCAUUGCUCAUCUGUUUAUUCUAAAAUCAAUGGGUUUACUGAGAUGCGUUUUGUUUCUUUCUCGGGAAAAAACGUUUUUGGUUGGUGAAAUUGAUGCAAUUUUUUCACGCUGCCGUACGAAAAGAUAGGCAUUUUUUGCACUAGAUAUGAAAACGAUUCCUGUAGCAGAUUUCCGACAGUUUUUCUAAAACAUUAAUUAAUAAUUAAAACAACGACAUUGGUUUUAUUUUUGUUGAUUUUUGGUGGACCUAUUGGACUAAUACAACCUUACAAAUUUACCAAGCUCCGAUCAGAAUCGUUUUUCGAUUGUAAUUGUUGCUUUUAGUAUGUAUAAACUAAAUACUAAUUUAUAAAUUUCCGUGUGGCUUAAAAAAACAUAGGUAUAUGUUUUAAGAAAUACCUAAAUGAAUUGCGUAUUUCAAGCCUCGUAGUUCUUUCUGUAAUGUUUAAUUUGUAAGUGAACAUUGAAGUAAUAACUAUAAUGGUGGGCAUUCACGAGUUAAAAAAUUAAUUUUUUUAAACAUUUUUCAUUUAACUAGCUAAUUAUUUUUAUCGUUAACUACUUAUAAAUAGUCAUUAGAUCGUCACCUGGGUAUCGCUAUAAUAUAGUCGUGUAGGAGUAUGUUAAAUUCUAAAUGAUUUUAAUUAAACAAACGGUAUAAAAUUUAAAAAAAAUGUUCACACGCUAUCGAUGUAUUUUAUUUUUUAUUGACCACUCAAACAUUAAGUACCCUUACAACGAGCCAGUAGGUAUAUACUAUAUAGUAAUAAAAAAAUAAUCGCGCACGGUUUUAUUCGGAAUAUUUAGUCACUUAUAUUUCCUACUCUUAUUAUAUCGCAGUCACUUAAAAAAAUAUCUGAUUAUUUUAAUCGAUCACGAAAACUAAACGUGAUGUCGAAAAUAGAUUGCAAAUCAUCGUGUACUUAAUGAAAAUCCAGACGGUUAAUUAUUUUUAAAAAAUUUAACAAUAUUUGUAUACAUUAUAUACGAAUAUUGCUGAGAGUACGCGAUUUUCUUUUCAAUAGGUGUUUACGUAUAUAGUGUGUACGCACACACAGACACGCAAAUUAUUAUUAUUAUUAUUAUACGAGUUAUAUUGUUAUUUGUACGAUCGAUUCGAUUUUCGGACGUACGGAACCUCCGAAAACAAAAAAACAAAAAACCACGAACCUUUUGGAUGUAUUUGACGCGCAAACUGCUACAACAGCAUUUCCUGGCGAUAAAUUCCGAAAAACACCGGUCCCGCACUCGACAUUUAAUUGGAGUAGCAAGUUGAACAUGUCUAUGGCGCAACGGUGAAAUUUCCCUGAAAUUCUGCGGUAACUACUCCAGAUCACUCGGCUAAUGUGCGCCACUGCUUACAAAUGUUACAAUAGAAAUAUAGUAUUGUGGCAAAUUGAUGCGUUUAUGCGUGUACAAAGACGCCAGGUUUCGAAAACGUCGUGGGAGGCUCACCGUCUUAUAUAAACACGUGUACAUUUUCACCUAAAUCUUACCGUAUAUUGACUAUUUUUAUUUUCCUUAAAUUUUUCGUUAAACAACAUUGCUGAAAUAUUUAGUUACUUGUUCUUUUGUAUUCAACGAAAAACCCGGUUGAUUACCAAAAUCUACAAUUUUUCUCUGCUAUCAAUAUCGGAAAAAAAAAAACGUUUAUCUUUCUCGGUUAAUUUGUUUGUUAUAAAUAAAAUAAUUAGUAUUUUGAGAAUAUGUGCGACAGUUAAAUAUUGAUUUGAUUUUUUUUUUUUAUAAUAUGAGAACCGUGGGAGAGGGGGCUGAGCUCCGUCUUACGUGGGGGGGGAGGGGCCGCGGCCCCGGAAACCCUCCGUACACGGUGCCCCUUCGUAUGCAGGUAUGCGUGCAUACACGUGUAUACCGUUUUGUGUAACCACGUUUCCAGUCACGUCUUCCGACGCCGAAAGUACGUUGAAAAACACGAGAUUAUCGUAGCGCCAAUUCGGCGACGGCGUUACGCGGGCACACAUUACAAUACGACUGCAUAAUAUGACAUUGCGCGGGGGCCGUCCGUCGAACACGAUUUUUCGGGUAUCUCGCGGGUCUGCCGCGCGUACACCUAUUUUAUUAUUAUUAUUAUUAUUAUUACGUAUAAUACGAGCGACAUUAUAGCAGUCGUAAAUAUACCGUGUCUCGUGUGUGUCGUACACGUCGUCGUCGUCGUGUCGCAAGUACGUGGGUUGUUUUUAUUUUUUAUUCUCUGUAUAGUCGGUCGUACAUAAUAUUAUCGCGCGCGCGUCCGCGUGUAUUUUGCGAAACCCGCCUCCGGGAGUCUCGGGACGACGCGGACCCGUCGGACUUCGUACGUCGCGUCUCUUAAACGGUUUGAUAAUAAUUCAUCGGCGGGCAUACUGCGGUGUGUAUGAAAUAUAUUGCACGUGCAUCGACAUCGGCGUACACCCGAACGGAUUCACGCACACCGCGGGCCAAAAUAAUAAUUAUAUUAUUAUUAUGCGUCCGAAUCGGCGGCGGGGCAAUGUUGCGGGCAGAAGAAUCUUUUUCUGGUCGUCGACUUUCGCUUUUAUGCUUUUUUUCUCUCUCUCUCUUUAACCGACGCGUGUGGUGUUCCACAUAAACGAGCCGCGAAAACCCGCGCGCGCAUAGGUGCCUAAUAAUAAUAAUAAUACGAGUAUAAUAUUAUUAUACACACGGUAAUCAUAUUUCCAUCGUUUACUUUUGUUUUUUUUUUCCACAUUUUACGACCCGUGUAACGUUUUAAUGAUGUAAAAAUAAUAAUCGGUUUUUUUUUUUAUUAUUAUUAUUAUUAUCCGUCAUUGUGUGUUGUUCGCGGAUUUCAUUACCGCGAGCAAGCGCGCGCGCCCGCCGUUUUCGUUAUUCGCGCGCCGACCGCGCGGAUCACCGUGAAACCGGAGAAAUUUUUCCGUCGGCGCGUGUGCUCGCAUUAUAUUUUCGUACAAAUGUAUGUAUACCUAUAUAAUAUACAUACGUGCGUGUGUGUUAUCGUUACUAACCGUAUUAUACAUGCAUCAUAAUAACAUCUAUAUCAACGUACAUUCGUUACGAUGUCCGUACGCUUUUUUUACCAUUGUUAAAAAAAAAAAACUACAACAGUUUUUCACCUUUCGUGCCGUGUCCGCCGCAGCGGUCGGACGGACGAGGAAAGUCUCGGAUGUGAUGUCGUCGUUUCGAAUUUUUUUUUUUUUCAUUAUCAUCAUUUUUUUUUUUUUUUCACGCAUCGCUUAAAAUGCGUUAAACAGCCCUCGAAAUGCAUAAUAUGUACCGUAGACGAACGCACGAAGAAUUUUACACGUGCAUUUCGUAUGAAACUGUAUUACUAUAUGUUCGGACGGACCAAAACGCUUUUUGUUUUACGCAACGUAUCUUUAUAUUGUAUUUGUGUGCGGACGUAUAACAUUAUCGUCGAAUCACAUUUCGCGAAAAAAAAAAAAAAUUAUUGUUCGCGAUCAAAGAUUCCAAGGGAAUAAAGCGAUUUGUAUUUAUUUGUUUUUACUUUUUUACCGUUUGAAUUAUUAUCGACGAACAAACGUCGGCAUAAGAAUAAAUCAUCGGAAUAUAAUAAGGAACAAAUAAUAUGGUCCUAUUUCGAUUUCCGUUUUUUAGAUUUCGUACGAAAAAGCUAUAAGACGUGUUCUUGAUUACUCUCGGAAAACACUUUUUCGGUUAGUAAAAGUGCUCCAAAUCGUAUAACACAUUAUAUGUUAAAUGAUGCGGACUUUUCGUCCGAUGGUAUUUAAUCUGAAAAAAUGUCUAGAUUUCCCCGUAAAGUUUUCUUUAAAACAAUAAUAAACGCCGAUUCAUUGGUUUAAAUUUUGUUAAUUUCCUGGUUACUUUAUUUGCUACAAAGGUGAAAAAACACGACUGUAUAAUAUUUUUAUAACCAUAAACCGGUUUACCGAGCUUCGUUUAGAACCGUUUUUCAAUUGCAAUGAAUCAUCGUCGGUUUCAGUACACUGAGUAAUUGUCCUAUAACUUACUUAUGUUCAUACCUUCAAAACUCCCCAUUACCCGCAACAGUGGCCCGCCCGGGGUGCGAAUUAUGCCCGGCUUCUUCGUACAUAAAUUAAUAUUUUAACAGUUUUUUAUGUAUAAUUCGAUGUUUGUCCAUAAUUAUCAGCUUAUUAUUAUAUAAUACGAAUAUGUCUAUUCCAGUUGUCUGCAGUAUAGCCUACAGAACGAGGCGAGAAAUCCAAUAUUCCGAUUUGUAUUCGUUUUUAUAUAAUAUAUAAUAUGAUUCACAAUUAACCGUAUCGUGUUUUUUUUUUUCAACGUGCGUACACAUUUUCGCAGAUAUGUAAUUCAUGUUUUUUUUUCUUUAUAUAUGUUGGAAGGCCGUAGUAGCCAAUAGGUAUACGUAAAAUAAAUGUAUAAAUGUAUAAUUAAUUUUGACAAAUAGAUUUUUUUUUUUUUUUUUAUUAAUUUGUAUGGACCGUAUUGAUUUGAUUGUGUAUACCUAUAUUCUGUAUGCUAUACUAUAUACCUACUUACCCGACAUUUUAUUUUAAUAAUUGUUUGAAAAAAAAUACGAGUACGAGGUAUAUUAUGUAUAAUGAUAUAAACUCGAUUUUAUUUUCUUGUUUUGUAUCGUGCCGGGUCAGUGAUCACAACGCUGCCCCGACUAAUGUUCACUAUACGGACACGGCGUGAUUUUGAUCUGGUUUAUCGAUUUAUUUGAAAUGUUAUGUAACCACAGUACUGUGUUGGCUAUUAAUUGGCUUGUCCGACAUAACAGUUUUUUAUAUUCUAAUAUGAGUAUCAGUGCAGAUAUAUUCCAGUUCGCAGAGGGGAGAGACGAAUUUUAGGUUACAGGGGUAAUGGAAUACAAUUUUUUAGUGUUAAGUUGUAAAUAAUAAUGCAGUAAAAUGCAUUAAAAAAUGUAUGUGUAUCAGUCCCGUGUCUGGGAAAAACUUUCCCAGCAUACCGACCAUGCUCAAACAAGCCGGCUACCGGUUUACUUGGUUGUUAUUAGCCGUUAGUCGUCAGUCGUGAAGGCAAUUUAUUUCGGCUAAAGCUUAGUGAUUUAAACGAAAGUUCAACGAAAUUUUUGCCAAAUGGAUAGAUUUUUAAUUAAAAAACAUAAAUUAAGUAACGAAUUAUCUGAUCUUACCAAGAACUGCCGCACCGACUCAGAUCUUCAAAAUUUAAUUUUAAAUAGACUAGUUAUUGAUAGAAAUAUUUAAACUUGUAUUAUGAUCAUCGUAUUCGAACCAAACAAUAUUGAUUAUAAAAACGCCACGUUAACCCGCCGCCAAUCAAAAAAUUGAAUCUGUAUAGUUUGUUUCAAGUAUGGAACGUUAAUACACCAUCCGGUUGAAUAAUUUAUAUAUAACGACGUAUUUUUAUUGUUAUAUUUUACACGAUAAAGACCUAAUUGAUAAGUUUUAUUCGUGAAAAUGAUUUACCCAACCCAACCCAACGUUGAAAAAUAAGUCCACGAAUAAAAAUAAUUUAUAGCAAAAAAUACAUGCAUCGAACAGAUUAAUUUACGGUAUUUAAUCGAUUUGUUUUCAGGUAAAAAUGCAGCGCCGCAUGCCACGAUACUCGGUCAUCGGUCGUUUUUAGACCGUACGAUUUCUUCAUGAAAAGGUUCGUUUUCUACCCGGCCGUCGUAUAUUUCUGCUCGAGAAAUUCGUCAACCAUUUCAAUAUUCCAUCGAUCGAAUUGAACCAAACAAAAGUAAGAUACAAUAUUAUAAUAUACAGUAUAUAACGGUUUAUUUUGAUAUGAUAAGUGCUACAUUAAUUUUUGUUUAUCCUGCUCAAAUUAAAAAAAAACGACAGGAGUGACCAGAAAAUGAUCAGAAAAUUUACAGUGGGUAAAUUGUAUUGAUUAAUCCGUGAAAUAAAUGCCACGAAUUGUUUCUAUAAUAAAAUCAUCACUAGAGCCCGGAUUUCGAUACAAAGUGCAGGGUUAAUCUAAGACAAUGCUUUUCAAUUCGAUGUAACACAUUAUUUAAAUGUGAAACUUUUGAUUUAUAUUUUCUAGAGAAUUUUUUAGCACUUUUAAUAGAUAAUUUUCUAAGAGUAUUGUUUCGUUAAAAGGCAUUUAAAUCCGAAUUCUAUAACAGUUACAUAAUUUUUAGCAAAAUCAAAUAUUUCAUUGGUCAUAAAUUCAAUGAAAUUUGUCCUCUAAAAGAAGUAUAAUAUACUAUAAUACGUAUACUCAUAUAUAUGGCUGCCAACUGCACGCCUAGCAUGCGACUCACAAUAUUAUAAACUGCAAUCUACGGUUGUAAAUGUAUAAUUUUAUUAUAUCGCUGUGAUAAUAUUAACGCUCCGUCGUCGUAAAAAGAAAAAAAAAGUAUUAAUGAUUAUUGUGUAGUAUUGCGCCGAGGUAAAACUGAAUGCGUUUCCAACCCAUAACCACGCGAAACGCAUACACGCUUUUACUGACCGCGGUUCAGUUUACGCGCGCAUUUCCUUAACUUACCUAUACGCGCCAUUAUUAUUGUUAUUAUUAUUAUUAUUAUUAUUGUAAUACACGUUCGUGAAGAGUAUACCUGCCUGUAAUGCGUAUGUAAACCACGGUUAUCUACUAGAUAGUGAUGUAAACAUAGGAAAUGUCGUCACCGGAGCAAUCGUUUCGACACGACGUUUAAACGGACGGCGUAGGUAAGAAAAAAAAAAAAAUUCAACACAAUAAUAAUAACGAAAUUGUACGCGAACGCACGGGCCGUCUCUUAACGAUCUUCGAGUAUAUAGGUACCUAUAUAAAGGUAUAGGUAGGUAGGUAGAUGUACUGCAUAAUAUACUUACGCCCGCGUGCGAAUAUUAUUAAUAUUUUAUCUGUCGGCGCGGAGGUCGCGGCCGACCGAAAACAAAAGCGAUCGACGAUAAAUCAUUCGGCGUUUUUAUCGACGAAAUCCUCUCUCGCCAGGGAGAGACGUAGUCGUCGACGGGCGAUAUCACAAAACGAUAGCACCGCGUACACGAUACCUAUUAUAAUACCUAUACGAACACAAUCGUACAACAAAUUAUUAUUCCGGCCGUCGGUUUUACCGCAAGUCGGCAUACGUCUACUCGUAUUAACAGGUCAUCCCGCGAUGUUUUCCCCGUGCUAAUAUACCUCUGUUAACGUUCGAUUUUUUUUUUGAAUUUUUUUUUUUCUAGUCAAUAAGAAAAUAAAAUAUUUAUUUUCAAUUGAAACGAAUAACUUUUCGUUAUUCCGUUCAACUUUUGACAAUUUCUAAAAUUAAACCGCUUUGCAAUCGAUAUUAUUCUAAAAUAUAUCAAUGUAUCGUACAUAAAAGGAGGGGCAUAAAUUGCUUUUAUAUUUACGGUAGAAUAUUCACGGUAUCUAUCGUGCUUUUAUUAUAUUAUAUAACGCUGCAACUGGCAUUGUUUAUCGUGUACCGUAAUGGUAACCUGCUGAAUUUUCUUUUCUUCACACUAAGAACCAAUGUGAAUCGAAUAAAAUGAACAAAUAAAAAUGUAUUAUUUUUUUUUUCAGCAAUUAAGGGACGGAUUAAAAGGAAUUAAAUUUUUCUCUAAAUAUAUGUCCCACCCUCACACGAAGACAUUAGCAUCGAGAAAACACAGUGUGACACUCUGUAUAAUAUAAACCUGCUUGACGUAUAUAAUAAUAUUAUAAUGUGUAGGUACACGUGUAUUCGGUUAUCGCGGCGUAGAAUCGGCAACGUGGGUAUUUUCGCGCGGCGGGGCGGUCGAGGAGGGACCGUGUGCCAUAUUUUCAUCCUGUCGUUUUCUCGUCCGUCUCAAGGCAAACGUGUUUUAUUAUGUUAUAUUUCGUUCACAGCGUACCAACACGCUAAUAACACUAUUACACAUUUUAUAUAAACGCGAGUAUGCGCAUAUCGAUAUCCUUUCCCCCGUACCCCUUCUCAAAAUUCGCGGCGCUUACAGAGAAACACUCGCCGGCGAGAAUACUGCACCCUCGCAUAUAUUUCGGACGGAAAUCGUGUUCGGCGCGGUCCUUUAUUAUAGUUUUACACAUCUAUAAGGCUAUUAUAAUACACGUGUACGGUUGUGGGGUAGUUUGUUUUCGGAAAACGUCAAGACAUUUUCGGCAUUAUUGCGACCUCCUUUUGCGACCACUUCCGCUGCACUCGUCGACGCGAAUAUCUUCGCAAUUAUUUGAGAAAUUUUUCCGCGGCCAAAAUUGAAGGGUCCGAGUGUUAUGGCAUUGGUAAUAAUACAUUUAUCGUGGCUUUAGUAGAUUGAAAAAUUCCACGAGAAAAAAAUCAAUUUUAAUAUUAAUCUUUGAAAUUGUAUCGGGUAAUUUUUCGCAAAUGAUUAACUGUGAAAAGGGCGUUUUUAAAUAGGAUUUUAUACGUUAUAUACGAGUAUAUAAGCAUAUCUCCAAUCAAAAACUAGAAACUGAUAUUUCGUAAUUUGUUCAUAAAAUUUUCCUACAUUUUUUCCUGAUUUUUCCGAUUAUUAAGAAAACUACACGAAAAUUCAAAAAGUGAUCUCAUCAGUGUAUCAACUAUGUAACAUGUUCUAUCAAAAACCAUCCCUAAAGUUUGUUGAUCAGAGCAAUAAUUUCUGGUAGACAAUUUUUUAACAGACGACAGAAGAAAAUAAACACAAUAUUAGCAAACCCACUAAAUUCCUCAGAAUCUCAAAAAAAAAUAUUGCACACAAUAUAAAUACAUUUCAAAAUUAUCAUACUCGUGACACUUGUCGUUUCUCUAACAACUACCGGGGAUUCCUCUUAAGGUAGCGGCACCGAUUCUAUGGGUCAUAUACUACAAAGUAUAAUCAGAUUCGGCGAUUUUUUUUUCCACAUUUCGAAUAAUUUAAACGACGGUGUCAAAAUAUUAUUAUAUGGCCCUGCACACAAAUCGGCAAUCGAAAUCGCCCGCGUCGAAGUCUCCGUCGCCAUCGUCUCGUUUAUGCGGUUACUGUUCCGCCAAUUUCCGUUUCACGUAAUCGCUCCAAACAAAUCUAUAGGCACAAAACGCGUCUUGUUGUUAUGGUGCCACUGCACACAUUUUAAACGAUUAAUAAUUUAAAAUUGGUUCACUGUACACAAUCUUACUAUUAUACGUAGUUUACAUUUUUAUGGGCUAGACUGUAAAAUUAAAUUGUUAAGAGGCCGUCACGAUUUGGCAUUUGCCAUCUCUGUCUUUUUAUAGCGGGUUAUACAAUAACGCAAACGCAAUCACGCGAAACGAACGAAAAUACUUUUAAAAUAAGGAUUUUAAGGAUAAAACACCUAUUAUACAUUUUUUUUUUUUACAUUUUUUUAGUGGCUUCGACACUAGUUCAAGUUAAAACGUAAAAAAAAUAUUGUUUGGUGUUAUCUUAUUGAGUUCCCUGGAUAGAUUUUAAUCUCCAGGCCUUAAUUUGGUUAAUAAUGCAUUUCUAUAAUUCUACAUUUCAACAAAAGAUGCGGUAGUAUCGUUUUCGGUUGUCAACAAAACCGAUAAACGUUCGCGGUUAAACUCUGCUGCAGCAGAGCGCAGGUACAGUCGUACGAAUAUCAUAUUGUUGUGUAACGAAUUAAAAGUUGCCGGAUCUAAUAUGCAACAAUACGUUUUAUUCCAAUUAGUGAAUGAAAAAUUCCCAACGAAUUUUUUUUUCUUUUAGAUGCCUACCAGAGUACUAAAUAUGUAUUUUUUUUUUUUUUUUUUUGUCUUCUAAUUUCACUCUUAUAUUUACAAACAGAGCGUGAAAACGUUGAACGAAAUAAAAUAACAAUAUUAUUAUUACGUGCAUUACUUAUGUAAAUUAUUAUUGCACGCGUAUUAUAAUAUAUUUUAAUAAUAUAAUACAGGUACGUCUAGUCGCACUUUACAGUGUCAACGAACAAUAUAUAGGUUAAACAAAAAAAAAAAAAUUAUUUUUUUCACGUAAGUACCAUAAUCAUAUUUUAAACUGUUGUUAUAAACUUCUUAGUUCCAUAAUUUGAUUAUAAUAAUUUUCCAAAUCGUUACUGUCAUUUUAAAUAUGAUAUAGUAAUUAAUAUGCUUGUCCAUUAUUGGUCCACGCGUAGGUAUUCAUAUUCCAUACACACACUGUAAUUAUUAUCUUAUAAUAAUAAUAGUAUUACUAUUGUUAUUAACCUUGCUUUAAUAAAUUAACUCGGUUUUAUCGGUAAUGUCAAUUAAAUUAAUAUUGGCACAAAAUCCGUUUAAAUUUGAAAUUUAUAAUCCCUAUAAUAUACGAAUAUUCGUGCUCGCGUAAAAGGUUAUAGUUUACAUUAAACCUCUUAAUUUAGAUAAUAUUUUGCAAGAGUCAUAACACGCAAGGUAAUUUUUAAAAUAACACAAUCAAUGAAUAGUAAUUUUUAUCCAUUCGGCAGUAUAGACACAGAGCGUUCCCAACGGCUUGGCAGCGGCAGCGUUAUUGUACACGAUCAAACAGAAAGCGAUAUCCUUCUCAAAACUGGUUUGAAUAAGAACACAUAUUGAUUUGUUCCUCCCGACAAACAUUUUUUCUUUUUUCUUAAUUACACAUAUACGUAUUAUGUAUAUAGUAUAUACUAAUAAUAUUAAUUAUUGAUGAAUCAUUGACAGCUGUAGUUUGCCUAUACUCUUCAUUCCCAUUGGCACUUUCCCGUCUAUUCGGGGUCCGCUAUUCGGAUCUCGGUUCUCCGUGCUUAGUUAUCCAUCGCACCCUGCGGAAUAAUAUUUGCGUUUUUCGUGUCUUCGUCACACACUACAUCCGUCUUUUCUUUGGUCUUUCAUAGCUUCGCUUUCUCUCUACCUGCCAUUCCUAGAUUAUUGGUUAUAACCAUUAGCUAUGUGGUUAUCUUCCAUCGUAGAUGCAAAGGCUAAACUAUUUUAAUCCAGCGUCCGUUAUUUUCUCAGUUAUUAACACAACUUUGAAGCUCCCUCUAAUAUAUUACCGUUUCUUAUCCUAUCUAUCCUUGUAACUCCAGAUAUCCAUCGUAACAUUUUCGUCUCGUUUACAUGCAUGUAGUUUGUUACACCCACUUAUUGAUUACUCAGUGCCCGUCCCAUACAAUAAACUCCAUAAUAAUGUCUAAUACUCGAUCAAAUUAAUAGCGAUUGUAUUGAUUUGUAUUUAAAUCCAUGAUAAAAUAGAUAUAUGAUCAAAGUAUGUCACGUUAUCAUUUGGUAUGCGCACCUUCAUCUCGCGCUGCCCAUGCCGUAUAGUUCUCCGCUCCUAAUUUAUUUAUCGGUAGGUUGGUCAAUAGCUUAUAAUAGUGGCAAUGCAAAUUUUAGUCACCAAAAAGUGUAAAACUACAAAAUAUUAUUAAAUGAAAUAAUAAAAGCAUAUUUGAAAACAAUAUACGUAUUAAAAAAACUUUGAUUAUACUCGUAUCUUAUUUUGUCAUGCAUAAAUCAAAAUUCGUCUUCCACAUUGCACAGCAAUAUCAAAACACUGUAAUGAUUUUCGUUUUUUUCUUAAUGAGACGCGAAAGUUUCAUGUCAAACCCAAUACGAGUUUCACAAGAUUGUUAUUAUUAUUAUUAUAUACCCAAUAAGAGUGUUUAAUGCUUUAUUUUCAAAAAAAAAAAAAAAUGAAGGACCAUUUGAUUUACACGUACAUAGAUACUCGUAGUUAUUAUAUUAUAUAGUCUUAUCUCCUUCUCUUCUUCUUCUCCUUCGCCUUCAUCCCAACAAUUUGAGUUCGGCCAUUCUCGUUCUGAAUUUCCACUCGACCCGAUCACCCACAUCGUCCUCGCACACACCCGCCUUCCUCAUAUCAUUCUCAAUCGCAUAAAACCACCUCUAUUUUGGUCUUCUUCGCCCCUUCUUUCCUCCAACGUCCAUUUUCAUUAAAAUUCAUAUAUGCACACGGUAAAAACAAUAAAUAAUUGUUAGUUUCCCAGUCAUAGAGAUAAACGUCAACAUUAACAAUAUGUCUACUAGAAUAAUAUAUCCAAACAUUUAUAAUACGUAUUGUAAUUAAAGAUAGCAAAAAUCGUUAGUAUUUAUCUCCUCGAUCGGUUUUCGUUUUGUAUUAAUCAUUAAUUGAUCUGUGCACCUUUUCGGUUUUUACUUAAAAUACCUACUUAUACAGAUAAUUCGAUUAGGUACGUUUCGUUCGAUUAUUUAUAUAUUUAUUCCGUACGCGGCUUCUCUCAAAUCAACGUUGCAACAAUAGUUUAUGAGCGAUAUAAAUAAUUGUAUGGUUUCGUUCAACGGUGCAAUAAUGUUUCACUCGAUUUGUGAAAAUACGUAUUUUUUUAAAGUCUGCUAGUACAGUCGGUUACAGUUGUAUAGCUGAACCAUUCAGCAUGCGUAGUUAGGAAAUUAGUGAAAACUAAAUAUUACUGCAAAUCUUUACAACAGUUAUAAUUAUUAUUUUUGUAAAAUAAGUAAACUGAGAUAAUUCACACGCAUUGGUCACUUUGUUUAAUUUAAAAAAAAAAAGUGCUAAUCGAAUGAGUUUUAUUGUAUUUUAAUACGUACGUACAUGUAUGAGUGCAUUUAAUGCAACCGAAACAUGAGAAUUGGAUUACAUAUAUUAUAUUAUAUUUCUUUUCCAAACAAUGUUGCGUGCUUAGUGUUCUUUUUCCCCGAAAUUCUCGAGAACCUACUAUAAUUAUUUUGGAUUUCCGACGUAUUACACAUUAUUUUGAUAAUUUUCAAAUUACAUACGUCUUAACACACUCUAAACUAUGUAUUUCUCGACGGUCGAAAUGUUUUUUUUUUUUUUUGGUGUACAGAACCACGUGUUACACACAUGUCUCUUAAGGAUGUAAACUAAAAAUAAUUAUGGUUGAUCGGCGGCCAGGUUUAUGAACAAAUAAAAAUAUAUAUAUAUACAUAUCAUGGGUAAUGAAACCCUACGUUUCGCUUUUGGCUAAAUCGGGUUAUAAUAAAAUAUUACCCCGGCAUGCUUUGAAGUAAAUUAUAUUAUUUAACGACUGGCGGAAUGGAAAAUAAUAUCAUUACUUAUAUUAUAUCUUCUGAUAAUUCAAAUUUACUGGUCUGUAAAGGCGAGAGCACAUCACGCACACGUAACACGAGAUGAGGUUUAUUCUCUCCACGACGAUUUAUCAUUCGUUCAAAAUUCGUUUUCGAAUGGAAUGAAUACGCGAUAAGUGAUGUUUCCUAUUUUAUCCGAAUAAUAAUUAAAUCAAGUUCUUAUCGAUGGCAAAUACUCUGUAUACUUACUCUGUAAUACUCUGUAUUCUAUAAUCGAUAUUAAUCAAUAUUGUAGGAGCUUAAGCCCUGCCAUCCCCCCCCCCAAAAAAAUGGGAUUUUGAGGCUGUGGUUAUUAGGUCACAUAUAUCAUAGCAAUUACUUUUCGAAAUUCUUAUACGUAUAAAUGUACGUACAAAGUAUUCUGAACUGCUUGUUAAUUAUCACUAAAACAUCAGAGUAGAUAUUGUUUAGAAUAAUUUUCACAAAAAUGAAUUCAUUCGUUUAUUAGUUAUUAAUUAAGUUAUUAAUUUGAAUACCAUAAAUGCAAAAACUAAUAUUAUUAUAAUUCUUACAUUUUUUUUUUCACGUUUCUUUAAAUUAUUAUUAUAAUAAAUUUCGUUUUAUAUAUUUUAUCACCGGUAUACUAUAUUAAGUAUAUUUUUUUCGAACUAAAUAAUAUUAUAAUACAAUAUUUGAUACUGUAACUAAUUUUCUAUUAUUUAAAAACUACGCGAACCACUGGAUAAUUAUUUUCACAUUAAACGUUAUUAACUUUCAUUGUGUAUUGUGAAAAUACGACCUGCAGAAUAUAAUAAAGAACAAUUAUAUAUAUAUGUAUUAAAUUAUAAAUAAUUUUUUUAAAAUAAUUUAUAUUAGUUGGGUACUUACCUUUCGAAUUAUUAUAUUAUGAAAAUACAAAAAGUAGUUUGGAAUAUUGUUAGGCAUUACAAUGUUAUACUAUCGACGAUGUCUUAUGGAAAUAAUUGAAUCAAUUAAAUCAUUUUUCUCGAUUUUUUUUCCUUUUUUUAUUAAUUUGAUAGCAGAGUGAGUAAUGGUGAGUUUUGAUUUCACUUAAGUGUUUAUGCGCGUGUUAUAAUGUAGUUGACAAAGUGCUACGAAAAUAUGAUGGAAUCGUGACGGAAAAUCGAACAUCACUUUAAAUACAGACAAGAUUGCAAUGGUGGACUAAAGGUUCAUUUAAGGAAGAGCGCGAACUAGUAUUAUAAGUUAGAUUUGUAUAACCAAUGUAGGUACUUCAAAUACAAUUCGAGGGGAGGGGUUCCAAAAUUUAUGAAAUAUAUAAGUACUACACUCGUAUUUUUACAUCAUUCAAACAUCCACCAUUGAACUCUUCCAACUCCCCCUCCGUGGCACGUCAAUUGAUCCGGGAUAUAAUUUCCGGUGACAUAUUAUGAUCCGAAUGAUUCGGUUCGGUUUAAUGAACCCUAUUUCUUUCGAACUGGCCUUUUUUCCACGGUUUCACAAAACAAAUAUAAAAAUGCUAGAAACCCUCUGCUAUAUUUAUUAUUUAAUUACUCACUUGAUUAGUUCCAUUUAAUAUUUUUCACGUUUAUUUACAAAUAAUAACUUAAAUUAUUAUAUUAUUAUAAUAUUAUGAUUAUUAUGGAGAACAAUUACAUUAAUCGUUGUGUCUGUCACGUUUUAAUAAUUUUUAUAGUUAACCUAUAGUUUAAAUUAACUCGUUUUUAACAUCUUAUUUUGUGUACAUUUUGAUCAUGUUUUAUUUUUUUUUUUUUUUUAGAGAAAAGUGAGAGGGCAUACUAAAUAUUUUAUGACCAGGCUAUGAAUUAAAAUUAUAUUAUUAAAAACAGUAUUAUAUGGCGAUCGUAUAUUAUAAUUAAUUAUUAUAUAUAUAGGUACCUAUUCGUGUAUGUGCAGUUUUUAUUAUUUUUUUAAUUUACGAUCGUGUAUAAUAAUAUCAUUCAACUAUUAUAAUCAUAGCUACUCGGUAUAAAAAAAAAAAUCUGUAAUAACAUGAAUUUCAUCGUAAAAAAUUCGAAUUAAUUAAAAUAUAGAUAUAUAUAAUAUAAAAUACAUAUUAUAUAACCGGCUAUUUACUAUAUACAAUAGCCGGAUUCUAUCCGUUAUAUUUAUUUACUGACCGUAUGACAGAGACAAUCGACUAUAUAGAACAAAACAAAUUGAUGAUACAGUGAUAAAAAAGCAUUAUUUAGAUUUGUUAAUAUCGUAAUGAGAUAAAAAAGUAUAAAAAGUAAAAAUAGUGGUUAAUAAAAAAACAGAAGUCGUUAUAAAGUAUAUGUUUUAGAGUUUUAAAUCCAGUGAUUCUGUUUAUGCGAUUGUGUCAGGGGUCGUAGUGAAUUAUGGAUGACUAAUUAUCUCAUCCGUCCACGAAUCCUCUGAAAUUUCUCAUGGAGCAUUCCUGAGCGAUUUACUUGACAUUUUUUUACUGGGUUUCCGCAAUCGUAUUGAUUGGCAUUUUUAGUUCGACAUUGAGUCCCAUAAGAAGUAUACAGUUACCACCGUUUAUAUGAGUAUAUAUUAAUGAGGCGAUUACAAAAUUGUAUAUUGAUUAACCUAUUAUGAAAUGUUUUUGUUCACGCUACGAAUAUUAUUCAUUUGUCACACAGCAAAAGUUUAAUUUAUCAAAUGUAUGCACAAAUAUAAACAGUCGCGUCUGCAGGUUACAAUGUACGCAUACAUAUAUUAUAAUAUUUAUAAGUAUAGUACGAGUAGGUACUCGUAUAAAUAAUUUGUGAUUGAUUGCAAAUAUUUUUCAUAUUAUUCACGAUAUAAACAAAUAUUUCACGGGUUAGUCGAUAAAAAUAUGUCCUCUCGACACGUGAUGGCUGCCGAACUUCAGUUAUUUCAUGCUCGUAGAUUCGACUGUUAUCUGUGUGGCAUAACUCAUUGUUUCGAGCGGUUUUCACGUUAUUUAACAAUAAUAUUGUUAUCCGAUUUAUUAAUAAGUAAUUAUAGUUUAUAGCUUGUAACAAAAUUAGGUUGUUUUUUUUUUUCUUUUUUCUUUUUAUCAUCGUCGGUAAUUUCCGACUGCGAUAUCGCAGUGUAUGUUUUUUGACGCGCGGUCGCCCGCCCCCUCGAGGGAAACCCGAUCGGAAUUCGGAUUUUGCGCGCAGUGGGUACCUACCUAUAACACACCUUGUUGCACAACGUUAAUCAAAGAACGCCGGAGAUCAAAAAACCCUCGGUAAUUAUAUAUGUAACCCAUAACUAUAUACUACCGCAGAAGUAUACGCGGCGCAAUAAUAAUAAUAAUAAUGACGAUCGUACAUUAUUUUGUAUUCUCCGCCGUAUAUUACCUAUCCUUUAGCUACGCACGCCGAGAACCCCCCGCCGCGGCUGUUGGCCGCGCGCAUCCCCCCCGGGUUGACCUUAUAAUAAUAUAAUAUCCGCGCGCUCGGAGAACUAUGACAUUUCGUAUGUAUAGCAUAUGCCUGUACGCAGUUACUAAUUAUAUUACACCGCUAUCGUGCAUUAUAUACAGUUGGGUAACGAAGCAACUUUAAAGAUCGAAGAGAACGGGCGGGAAUCGAGGAUGCGCGCGACCGGACGAGAGCUGUUCGAUGAGAGCUAAUGCGAAAAGCCUUAAUGGAAUCGCCCGUAGAGCGCGAAAAAACACCCGAACACGCUUGUUCUUACGGGUAAAACCACUGUUGCGGGUGGAAAGUUUGAGAAAAUAUACGACGGUAUACGUAUGGUAAUUUAGUUUAGGCACAGGUACCUCUAUUUACAUUUAGCAUUGCGUCAUUUCCUUGUAGGUGACCCCGGAAACAUCGAAAAUAAAACCAACGUAUCGUCAUUAUCGUUGUUGGUUUUUACCGAUACAAUGUGCCAUUUUAACCAAACGAAAAUGUCUAUUUUGAGAAGAAAAAAAAUUCUAGGGGAAUGUACUGUAGAAAAUUUCGAAAAAUGUUCCAAGAAAUGGGAAUUCCGCGUUUUUUAAGAUAUAUACAGUGGUAUGGACAAAUUUGAACAUUUUUAUGUGACCAGAGACAAAAUACAUCUUAUAGAAAAAUUCUGUAAUUCGCUAUACUCGUAGGAAUCUAACAUAUAUGGUAUUAUAUUGUGAAUUAUGAAUAGUUUAAACUGUUUUUAUUGUAAAGCUCCGUUAUUAGAAUUUUGUUAUCUGCCGAUUCAAUAUUUUUUGCUAUUUCUUUAGUCGAUUUUUCAAGGAAACACGGUCCGCGUUUUAUACGAAACAAUUUUUUUAUACUCACGCGAUAAAAAUUGUUAUCCUCACGCACUAGUAUACAUUUCAUACUUUUCUAAAAAUUAGUUUCGCGUCAUCAAACGGUUCCGCGUCCUGUAGUCGCAGCAGCCGAGUAAAACGAUCGACUUAUAAUCAGGUUUUCUAAUAUUAUACGCCUAUAUUUAUCAAUGUUUAUAGAUUUAUAUUUUAACGCGAAAUCCUCGGGACAUUUUAAAUUGCCGGAUAAUACGCCACCUCAAUUUCGGAAGUAGAUUAAUAAAUAUUUUUCUUCUUGGUGUUGGUCUAAAAUAAUACGGUGAUAAAAAAAAAAAAAAAACAGUAACGAUGGUAGUGCCUGCGUAGGAAAAUAUUGGUCGAUUCAAUUUAUACGCAUUUUCAGAUACCGUAACGCCACAGAAAAUAUAGGUUAAACCGAUGAACUUGAAGUCAUUUUGUAUUGCGCUUACCGCCCGUGUGUUCCGUAGAACGAGUUUGGUCACUUUCUCAGUCUCUCCGCGCUAUUAUGUAUAUGAAUUAAAUUGUAUCUUCAAAGACACAAAUAAUUGUCUUUAUUGUAAAAGUAAUAAACGUAAAAACUUUAAAUCCGCUGCCAUAUUUUCUCGUUUUUCCUACGUUUUUUCUCGGUUUUCGCUAUUUACUAUGAAAAUCUCCGGUAAAAUCAAAAAUGACCUCUAUAAAGUACCGUUCCAGUCAAAUUUCCUUUCAGAAAAAAUGCUACACUUGAAAAUUGAAGCAAAAUCUCUGGUAGAAAUGUUGUUUAAAGAAAAAAAAUAUAAACAUUAUUAUUAAACCAAUACAUUAUCCACACUCCGCACAGAAUCUAAGAUAUAUUUAAACCGGGGAGGAGGCUCGGGGUUUUGAUUAUGGUGGAUACAUUUUGUUUCCCUCCCCCCUAGAUUUUUAUCCAAUUACGCCACUGUUGAUAGAAUCGUUAAGUUAAGAAUCACAUUUUGAUAAACUUAUACUUAUAUAUAUAUAUAUAUAUAUAUAUAUAGUUAUUUUUUUGACCAAUCAAUUAUAAUACGGAAGUACACAUAAAUAUCCAUUCUAAUGAUGAGUUGAUUAUAGCGAAAAAGUUAACGAAGUCUAAUCGUUUUUCCAAACAGAAAUCGGACUACAGGAAGUUUAUUAUUUUACUCCAGAUUAUAUUGGUCUGUUAAUGUACGAAAAGACGGAUCGAUGUCAACCAUCAUAACUACACGGUCUCGAAUUUUUAUUCACGCGCGAACGAGUAUCGGAACUCGAAAAAAUUAUUAAUAAAAAUACCUACUUAACUAUAAUUAUAGGUGUAUUAUCUUUGUGCCGCAUAUACAAUUUAAUUUGUAGUACCUAUAUAAUAAAUUGCAUCACGCGUUUUAUAUCGUAAAUGAAAAUCAUACAUGAGUAUCAAUAUAUAUAUAUAUAGGUAGGUAUACUGAAUUGCAGUGAUUAAAAUUAUUAUUGUCUGUAUAAUAUAACUGCUAUGCAAAUAAAACGGGGACUCGUAUUGAAAUAACGUAUCGAAUAAUAAUAAUAAUCGUACGUUUAGGUAUAGAUAAAAUAUUAAAAUUAAAACAUUUUGCAACGCAUAUUAGUAAUUUUUUUUUAAAUUUGUGCAUAUAUAUAUAUAUAUCGUUGAUAAUACUAAUACACUAUAAAAGCGAACGUGUGCCCGAAGGCUCUUACGAUAUUUACCUACGUAUGAAUACAAUUACCGCACACAAUAUAGUUAACUUUUAAAGCGAAUACACAAUAAAUAAUUUAAAUCAUUUUUUAAACAUUUUCAUUGGCAUAUUAUAUAUCAUAUAUAUCCGAUUACAGCAAUCCGACCGACUUUGCUAUUCGAUCUGGUGAUAUUUUCGAUAAGAUAUCGUUUAAAAAAAAAAAAAAAAAAAAACUACCCGAUAAAUACUCUGUAAUAUUACAUUAUAAUUUCAAGGACGAUAAUCCGAAUUGAAUACUGUGCGCGGUUAAACAAACAGGGUGAUUCGUUAAUAUAAUGUUCGAUUUUUGAUUUUUUUUUUUUUUUUUUCGUGUCGGAGUAUAAUAGAAAGUCUUUAAAAACUAUUAAAACGUCGGACACGGUUAAUGAAUCACCUCGCGCGCGCGUAUAGUGUAAUGAUUUGAAAGUUGAACACACCUCAGCAUCAUAUAGCUAUAGCUGCGGUGUGUACAUAAAAUAUUUUAAUAAACACAAAUUAUACAUCAUAUUGUGAUUAAUAUCGAACGGCGGCGUUAUUUACGAUAUUACGACUAUUUUUUGAUGAUAGCAAAGUCCUAAUUAAAGAUUAAUUUUAUCUCGUUUGUAGCUGUGUAUUUUAUUAUUAUAGCCGUGGUUUUGUGUUACAUAUUUUUACUUUUAUCUUAUCUAGCUCGACGAAUGAGAAAUAACUUUUCUGAGCCAAAUAAUUGAAUCAUCUAGAUAAAUCUUAUUUUACGUAUUUAUUAAAAAUAAUAGGCAAACUAUUUAAUGUAUAUUAGUAUUAUAUGGUUUUAUAAAUUAAUUAAAUUAGCUACAUUACUCGCGAAAAUUCUAUGCGAAAUCUACGUGUAUAUCAUAUAUUAUUAUGGUACACUUACUUUUAGCACUUAUUGUAUGGGUGACGCACAAAAAUAUCUUUUCUUUUUUAUCUAAAUAAAUUUUCCUGGGUAUUUUAUCUUCAUCGUCUAGAUAAUUACUUUAACAAUCUUUUAUCUCUUAUAUAAUCUCUUAUCUUUAUCUAGAUAUUUUAAAAUCUAUAUCUUUAUGCGACACUGAUUUCAGGCCAUGGAGACUGACGUAAACCAAGACUUCGAAGACUAUUGGAACGAAUACAAGAUCAUCCAAGAAACGAGGCAACUCGACAGUUACCUGGACGAAGAAUGUCCGCCAGAACAAGAAUUUGCCGUCGCUCAUUUGCCGGAAGGCGCGGUGGAAGCCGAUUGGUUAUCGUCCGCCGGCCUGUCGUUCCUGACCGAAGCAUUCGAAAACGGAUGUGAAGUCCCAGACUCGGAACUCGAACCCGCCAUUAGGCACCUCUCCACCAGACAAGCGGACGCCGUCAGAUUGAGAGUACACUCGCUCAAUCACACGGUCCGACAAAGAGGUAGACAACUAAAGGCGAGGCAUAAAAAACCCGACAUCAGGGACGUUUUCCGCGACUUCGAAGUGAGUUGAAUAGUGUUAUAUUAGUUUGUUCUGUUGUAUAUUCCUGCAGGGACUACGUGUAAUGCGUUAAAAGGACGUCAUACCCGCGUGUGCUGUAUCCGUUUAAUAACUGCGUGACAUGGCAAAUUUUAAAAUAAUUAUCUAUUUCGUAUCAUCGUUUUGUUUCGUAAUUUUAGUUUUUAUCGAUAUAUGAGUGUUUGGAAUAUCAAGGUUUAAAAAUGAUAUCACACAAAUAAUGUUCUCAUAUUAAUGUUUGAUAAAAUGUCAAUUCGCUUCUAAUAUUGAAACUAAUAGCACAGAAUUGUCCCUGCGAAGAUUUGCUAUGCCGCGUGGUUGUAACACGGAGACAGCACAUGCGGGUAUAAUGUCCUCUUAGCCUAACGCGAGAUGGUUAUUUUAACAGAAGAUUACGGGUUUAAUCAUCUCUAUCUAUGAUAUAUUAUUACAAUCAUAUUGAAUCGUUUUUAUCAGGUAUAAGAUAAUAAAGUUUAAGUUGAAUUUUCUCCGAAAAUAGAGACCGUUUGCACUGCAAUACGUCUACCAUAUAUAUUUCUCCAGCUACUUUUGGACCAAAUGAACUCAAACUCGAGAAUUCUAAUUGAUUUACAGGCAGAUAGGAGUGAUACAAUUUUAAUUUUACCGUGUUGUUGCGGGAAAGAGAUGUUUUUUUUUAGCUUUGUACUCCUUUAAAGACUUCUCGCCACAAAUUAAGCCAGAGGAAUGAAAUAGCGUAUAUAUACAUGGCGUUGGUAUCAAUAAUGUGCCUUUUGAGUAGAGUUUCUACUUUUAACCGUCGCCCUUAAAAUUUUUAUGAGCCAAUUUCACCGUCUUUUGGAAAUAGAAUAAUUUUAGUACAUAUAUAAGUAUACUGUAGUAUCAUAUUAUAAUUUCGGUUAUUUAUUGUCCCGCAAAGAAUAUUUCCGUAAUACAAAAUAGACGGAGGUAAAUUCGACUUGAGUGAAGGAACUCUGUUGCUCAUCACGGGUGUUCAAUUGAUUUAUGGAGAUUAUAAUUUAUUAUGCAUUUGAGAAAAUUCGAUAACAUGUAUUGUGUAAAGGUGUACAAUCAAACAUUUCAAACACGCGAGACAACAGGGUGAAGUUAUAUAUAAUUUUGUUUAGAAUUAUAUUUUGAUGUACAAUUUUCGGUGUUCGGCGGCCGCACUAAACGCUAUCAUAAUUCACGUUUCUUUUUCCUAUAAUAUUAUAACCGUAACAUAUAAAACAUGACACCGGAUAAUCCUUAUUAUUAAACCUUAACACAAUAUGCGCACGAUAAUGGUUUUUGAUAACGCGUAUAAUAUUAUUUUUAAUACAUAAUACCGGCUGUUAGCGUCUAUAUUAUAUUAUUAUAUUUUUGUGAACGAAAGAUUAUAAGGAAAUUAGAAUAUAGGUAGGACACCUAUAGGUAUCUAUAUUAUAAUAUAGAUUAUAUAAGAUUACAGAAUAUUAUGUAUUAUUACCUAUGCGCGUAUAAUAGUAGUUAUUCAUAACGUACCCAGACGAGAAUAGUAUUUAAAAAACUCGUACCUGACGGAAUUGUUUCAUAUUUUGUGUACCUACACGCCUUUUACCUGUAUUUCACAUUUCGAAUAUUACCUAUUCGGAUUUAUAAUACGUUACGUUAUACGCCAUACCGAGGUGUCCGCCUAAAAAUAUAUACGUAAAGCGACACAAUAUUACAAUGUUCGUAUUGGAUAAGCUGUUGCCGAGCGUUAAAUUAUUUCCGAGCGCGAUGUUGAGGUGUAACCGUAUACCUAGUUGGAACCACAAAACAUUUAAUACAUAUCAAAAAUAAAUCGGAUUAGUGUAUAUAAUAUGAUUUAUAGUCGAAUAAAUUACAUACAAUGUACUUACCUUCUAAUUUUUUUCUGUUUUUGUUAUGAGCAUAUUAUACAAUAAAAAUAACAUGUAUUUAUUUAUAUUUUUGUUGAUACUUAGAAUUACUAUUACAUUAUAUUAUCCAGCAGCUAUACAUCUCUAAUAAUAUUUCAAACUCGUUAUAGAUAGUGAUAAAAACUACAUGUGCGGUGGGGGAAGGAGUAGAACCCCCCCGGGGGUCACUGCAACCGGAUAUUGUUAGUUGUCAAGAAAUUGAUAAGAGGCUAGAUACAAUAUUUCACUGGUGCCAACUGUUUCCUUUGAAAAUAUCAUAGUACCAUCAUUUUGUAUUAUGGUCCUUGUAGAUUUUUCGACUUUCCUACUUCAAAAUGUGACCUGCUGACGUGAUUUUUCCCAUUUCGUUCCCUCCUUCAUGUUCUACCACUAAAAGUUUUAGGUUUCAAAUGUUCACAUAAGACCCAUAAUUACGAGCUGUAGAUAGAGAGUCAAUAUUAUAUAGACUCUCUAGCUGUAAAUAUUAAAUAUGUUCGGAUUUAAUUUUUUUUUUUCGAAUUCGGUUUUCUGUAGCCGCUGUGGCUACAGUUCCCUUAUCAUUUUUCUGACAACUAGGUAUAAAGGUCUCUACUGUAACAUUAUGGCACUAUGGUUUCUAAACUAAAACCGGCGGCCGUCUUCAUAUUCGUUCCCAAUAAUUCUGGCGACCUAUAAACAAUUAAGAUUAUAAUACCUAACAGUUUACCAAAAUCACUUAUUUUCGUCUGUAAAAAUAAUACAACACCGCGGAGUUUUUAUCGCCGCGGUUAAAUUCCCACUAUAAUAAAUACACUGCUGCAAACCCGCAGUAUGUAAUAUACGCGAUGGUACGAUACCGUAAUUUCGGUUGAUUCGCUAUCACGCAAUAAUUUUUAUCGAGUCGGUAAAUUUUUUUGUAAUUUUUAUAAUAUUAGGCGCGAUACAGGCGGUAUUAAAAAAUAUCGUGUUUCAGUUUUUAACUGUAAUUUCGUACCCAGAUCGUGUUAUUAUUUUCAUUACAUGAGUAUUUAUACUAAUCCGAUGACGUGACGCGCGUUGUCCGCGUUAUUGUUUCAGAGUUUGAGUUCUAGCUCCAGAUCGAGAAGCGCGACGCCGGAUUCGGACUCGAACAGUCCGCCCAUGUCGUGGUCUCAAACAGAAAUAGCAGUGCCCGCGCCGUCGUUAUUACCAAAGUGAGUAGACGAAAUUUUCGAAUUUUUUUUUACACGCGUACAGGUUAUUGACCCCUCCGCGCGAGAAUCGCAAAGAAAGAAUUGCAUCAUAACGUUUUGUAUGUAUCGUACCUGCCCAACCUGCAAUACAGUACAAACGUCGAAUAAAAACAAAUCGUACGUCUCCUAAUAAUAGAUUAGGUAUUGAUAAUAUAAUAAAGGCACGAAUACAAUAAAAUAAUAACAAUAAUGAUAAAAAAAAACACAAAAACACGCACACGAGACGCGCACACGAGACGCGCAAAAUAGCGAAUUAAUUAGGUAUAUACCCGUGCACUGGUUAUUGUGCGGCGUUUCAGUGAUAAUAAAACCGCCGCCGCCGCCGUGCCGGUAUAGAAACGGUGUGCGAAACGAGUGAUGUCUAAUGAAAAAUUAUGGUACAAUUGAUAAAAAAAAUUAAAAUUAAAAAAAAAAAAAAAAAAACCCAGAAGUCUUCCAUCACACCGCGCGCGUGUCAAUCGAUUACGGUGCGUUAUUAUUAUUGUUACGCUAAUACGGUUUCGAUAUAGCGUAUUAUAAUGGUUUGUACAAACGGUUCGGCUUUGUUUAUUGGCGAUAGUCAUUAAUCAAACGCAAUUAAGAAUAACAUAUUAAAUGUUCGUGUGUAUAGCUAUUAAAUACGCUUAGAAAAAAAAAAAAAAUGUAUUCACGAACCGUAACUGGCGCGCAACAUAGGUGCCUGCCUAUCCGUUUAUUCUGUGUGUAUAUUAUUAUCAGUUCUUCUGCAGUUUUCAAUUUAAGGAUCGGUUCCCAUGGUUCUCGCUCGUCCUCGACCUUCCGUUUCGUUUAUCGGCAUGAAUAAUUACAUUCUUCGGUCUGGUCCACGUACGUAUUAUAUUAUUACAACCGCGGUCUUCGUGCGAGUGUGAUGGUUUUCUCUUCUACCGCCCCCUUCUAAGAUUAAUCGCGGUUUAGUCGUCACCACCCUCCGCGAUGGUGUGUCUGAAAAUACGAUUGAUUUCGUUUCCCCAACCCCCCCCCCCCCCCCAAAAAAAGUAUUUUUCCUCGACAAUCAUCUACUUUCCGAAACUUCUUCAUUUAGCGAUUCAAUCGGUUUCGUAUCUAUCUGCAACACGACAUUCCGAACGCCUACCUGCUGUCUGAAUUAUUCCGGUAGAUCGUUCUUGACGCGAUUUUUCCGACAAAGUCGCGGUCUUCCGAUCGGUCUUUUGUCUCGCGGAUUUUCGGGUAUCGCUUUUAUGACCAUCGUACACGUCUUGUUUACUGCAUACAUAUUCCAGCUUGUUUCCCGCAAUCUCGUUUUCAACGCUUAAACGGCUUCUCUCAUCCCGCGCCGUUGUGCUUUUUCUUCCAUCCGUGCGUUUACGUUCCUGUCCGUCUUAACCACGUCCCUUUCGAAAACACGUAUUGUCGAUUCUUUAGACGCGUGUACCUUUUUCUAAUAUUUUGUGUUUGGCGCGCGCAUAAUAAUAUAAUAACCGUACUUUUUUAUACACAUAACACGCGGAUUUGCUAAACUGCAUUAUUCGUUCGAUGCGAGUUUUAUGAUUCUGAUCGCCUCCAUUAUAGUGUAGUUUUACGCGUGUAGGUAGGCGUUUAACUCUCGCGACGUUACAGUUUGUUCUAAACGAUUAUUUAUGCACAUCAAACAUUUCUCCGCAUAAUAUUAUGAGUCCGUCCAAUGUUUUAAAAACGUUCGGUUUUGCUGAAAAUAUCUAAUCUAUGUUUUUUUUUUCUCUCUCUUUACGGUACUUUAAAUAAUAAUAAUAUUUAUUGAACGCGAUAUAAUAAUAUUAUACUACUAGCUUAUUGUCCACUUUAGAAUUCGUCGCACGAAAAACCGCUUGGUAUGCUAUAUAGUUAUACCGUCCAAAAAAACAAUUAUAGCACAUAUCACGUCAUCGUGUUUUGAUAACCGUUAUGAGUUUCUAAAAAAAAAAAAAAAAACCAAACAAACAAACAAUAAAAAUAGCAAUAUCCAUAAUUUAUACAAAAAGAAACAAGAAACAUCAUUCCUCGCACUAUAAACAAUUAUAAUAUUGAUUACGAAAUUUAAAAAAAAAAAAAAUGUAGAAUUAUUAGUUUUAUACACAGGUUUAAAAAUUUUAAUUUUUUUUGGUUCUAAAUUUAGAAUUUAUUUUAGCCAAACGCUUUUCGUAAAGUACUAUAAAUAUUCAAAUACGGCAUUUUAAACGGAAUAUUUUAAUGUUGGUACUUGUUUUCCGCAUAUCUUAGAAUAAUUAGACUUAUAGUGGGAAUUUUGUUCACCUUAGUUGUGAUUUCUCGGAAUAAAAUAAAAUGACUCGGUAACCAUAAUAAUAUGCUAAUAUAAAGUUUUAUUUCAAUAAUCUGACGAAAAUAUCAGAUAAUUGUAUUUAAACGAAUUACAAUAAUUUUCACCGCGAAAUUUCCAAUUUUUUCUAGGGUAUGUUUUUAUGUAUUUAUGCAUUUUUAUGUAACUUGUAUUCAAAUACAUUUGCAUAAUUGUCCAGAUUUAUGCAUAUAUCCGCAAGCAUAUAGUCGUUUAGUACUUAUUAAAUUCACAACCUUGCAUCAGGCAGUAACCUUAACUUCUUCUUUCAUGCGUCACAACCUGCAUAGCUUGGAACCUUUAUGAUUUUUUUCAGUUUCAGUUCCAAUUUGGUAUUUUAAAGAAAAAUGUCAGUUCCGAUUAUUAAGAUUACAAAAUGAUAGUUUCGGUUCUGGUACUGGUAAACACCGGUAUUAAGAGGUAUAUUUUUUUCCAAAAGUAAAAAAAAAAAAUCAAGUAUAACAUCAUACUACCUAAAUGUUACGACGAUUAUUUUUGGUUAUAGGUAUUGAAAAAAUCCAUUAUCUAUAAUGAGCGUAUUAAAUUUUUAUCGAAAUUAAUAUUUGUUUAAUGCAGUGUAAAUUUAAUUUUAAAAUAACAAAACUACUUUUUUAAAUUUUAUUUUUCCUAUAAGUAUUGAAGUCACGAUUUAGUAAAUAAAAAUAUGACACUUUGAUUGUAGCGCAAUAUUAUGUUCGUAUAAAUACAUAAUAUACAUAAUCGAGUUUUACAUUUGAUUUGAUAAUUUUGAUUACAAAUGACAACCAUGUCACAGCCGUCACAACGUCCAAUAAUCAUUGUAUUCUCCGUACGUUCGCAAAGUGUUAUAGUUAUCUUCGGUAUAUAGGUACUCCCGCAGUUAUCUCCCGGAUCUCUUUGUUUUAUCCCUCACCAAAGAAAAAAAUUGUCCCUUAAAUCCGAUUUUUUGAUCGAAAAAUUCUGUGAUGGUGAUGUUGGGUGUGCAAAACGAAACAGAAUGACGAGCACUAUAUGUAUAUGUAGAAGUGAAUGCGUCGAGGCGGUCGUUCUGCAAUGACGUGAUUCGUUAUUAUAUGAUGGGUGUACCUACCAAUAGUAAUAUAAUAUACCGACUUUUCAGUUGCCUACGUGUAAUAUCGUCCGAUCACGAUGCCAAAGUUAAUAUAAAAUUGGCCGGCCGGCGCACACAAUUAUAUUAUUAUAACUGUGCACCCGAUGAAUUUCGUCGUGCGUGUAAUAUUAGGUGUAUAUAGGAGGGCAGUCAGGUAUACAGGGUGAUCAACAUAACGUUAGACACUCUUUAUCUCGGAAAAUUUUGACUUUUUUCGCAAUUUGUUUUCCAGAACACUCGAGAAACAAACAGAUCUAAAAUGCUACAUUUUACCGUUAUUUUUUGUCACACUUAUUUUUGGGAGUGAUACCACUAUCCGUUUUUGAUUUUCAAAUAGCGACCUUUAUUAAAAAUUCCAUAAAUCGAUGAAGUUUUAGUUUAAAUAAAGUAUAUCGAUUUUGCGGUUUUUCAGCAAGAGGAGAAUAGUGGAACACUGUUCAAACGCCGCGCGCCGUGCCGCCACACGGAUGAUUCGUCACUACUUUUCUCCUGCCCACACUCAAAAGCGGAAUAUCUCAUUAACGUGUAUUUUAUAUGUUGCUAUUCGAAAAUGAAAAAUGGAUAAUGGUUUCACUCCCGAAAAUAAGGGCGACCAAAAAAUAACAGAAAUGUAACAUUUUAAGAGCGUCGCUUGAUUCUUGAACGUUACGAAAAUAAAAAAAAAAUCGAAAAACGUUAAUAUUUUCCGACGUGAUACGUGUCUGACGUUAUAUUGAUCGCCCUGUAUAUGUACGCCAGAAAUAUAUUAUGUAUAUUAUAUAAUAGCAGGUGUAUAAUAUAUACGCCGGAACGUCCAGCGUAAACGAUCAAACACAAUGAUGAUAACAAUAAUAAUUACCGUAUACAAAAGACGGAAAAUAACACACGAGCCGUUCGGAUACUAAUUUCGUCGAUAAUAAUCGGCCAAAUGGACAAGAUAUAUAGGUAUGCAGUCACAGUGCAUCGGUUGAAUACGACCGCGAAACUACCUGUGCUGUAUAGCCAUAUACUCGGGUGGAACCGUACGACGGUAUUAGCUGCGUACGGGCGUGCCCGAAACACAAUUGAUUCGAGUUUAGAAUACUUAUUAUAUUAUGAUUUUAAUAAAUUCGUGCGUAGGUACGAGUAAAAUCGCAGAAUACAUAAAUCGGCGGCUCCCGAAUACCGUCCCGAGUAUUUGGUGAAUCAGUCCCGAAGGAGGUGGAGCAGUAACGUCUGAAUUCCGUCCCCUUUUUUUUUUUUCAAUCUAAUAACUAUGAGUAUUAACUAGUAACAUGUCUUUAUUUCUUCCAGGCUUAGGACCGGCCGCUGAGCUGGAAUGUUUAAUUUUUUUUUUCACGGGCUAAAAAUACCCCGUAUGUGACCUGUGUCAAUUACAAACACAUGUCUAAUUUUUUCUUUUAAAACAAAAACGACAAAAAAGUUUCGAGUAAUUAUAUCACUACAGUGAUAGCAAGAACAAAAUUAAAAUGUAGCUGCUUCACUCUCGGGACCAAAUUCGGGCAUCAAAUUUUGUGUUACAGGAAGUUCGGGACGGAAUCCAAUAAAAUUAAAGCAAUUUAAUCGCGUAUAAUAAGGUUUAUACAUAUAUUAUAAAUACCAUAAAAAAAAACCUGUUAAAGUGAAAAAAAAAAAAACAAGCUCAAAACGAGGAUUCCAUUCUUGGUGAAAGACAAUACACUGAAUUUGUAAAUUCAUUAACUUGUAAACAUUAACAGUGUUAAAUAAAUGUAUAUUAUUAAGUUAAAAAGAAAAAGAUAUAUUACUUUCUAUAAGAAAAAAGACAUCAAAAUUUGCCAAGUUUUUUUUAAUUUUCUCAAUUCUGAAUUUAAUUAUUCUCCUAUAUCGUCUCCCUGUACGUUUCUUUUUUUAUUUUUAUCAUUUACCGGCAUUGUACCUAUUUUGCCACAAAAUCGCUAUUAAAUGCUUGGUGGGUGUUUUUGAAGAUUUUAUCGUCCAGCAAUGAAGAUGCGUUAAAUAUGUGGAUGUAGAGAAAGCAAAACAUAUUUGUAGAGAAACUGUUUUAAAAAUUACGCGAUUGAUAUCGCCAAAUUUAUUACACAUAGAAGGAUACAUGUCAUAAGUACGUAUACAAAUCUCUUGUUAUCGGCGAAUUUGAUUAUCGGAGUCCGUAAAUGUCUAAUGACACCCCUACGUUUAUUCUUGUUAAACAAAGUAUUAGUAUUCGUAUUUUUCCCCAAAAAAAUGUGCACGUUAAUUGCCAGUUUUUCCCAUUUAUUAAGUAACCAACAAAGAAAAUCAAAAAUAUCAAAAAUAUUACAAUGAAGUUGAUUGGAGUAAGAUUUAUGGUAGCAAAAUUACUUACAGACACAAAAAAAGCACACACGUCAUAGUUAAACCAAACACAUUCCUCACUUUGUUCAGAAUCUAAAAUACUAUUUUUGAUCGCCGUUAUUUCCUUGAAAGUGGUUCGGAAAUACGGUAGUGAGUUUUUGAUUUUGUAUAUUGUUUUCAAAUCGAAAUAAACCAAACGCAUAAAUACUUAUUUUAGAUUCUGAGUGUAGCGAAAAUUGUAUUGGUUUUACAAAGAUGUUUAUUUUUUUUAUUUUUAUAUACUGUGUACGAAAAUUCUACCAAAAAGCUUACUCCGAUGUAUACGAAAUAAGAAAUACUCUUUUCUGAAAGGAAAUUUUCUCGGGGUAGUACUUUAGAGAGGUUAUUGUCGAUUUUCUCAUGAGUUUUUCCAAUAAAUGGGAAAAACCGAAAAAAACAGAAAAAUAGGUAAAAUAUUAAACAAAUAUUAUUCAAGAAAAUAUAUAAUGCCUGUUUAAUUGUUUAAUAUUUUACGAUAAUAAGACAUAUAUGUUGUAGACAAUGCAUCACUAUCAACUGAACUCCGCUCAGAAUCGUUUUGUCGUAAGCAAUGGCUUAUCGUUGCUGAAGUAUGUCCGUCUCUUUUCUUUUUUUAAAUUAAAUGCGAGUAUACACAAGGUGUAAUCGUGUUCAUUAAUUUCCAAUUGACAUUUUCGAAUGUGUACGAAAUAUACACGUCCCACGGUCUUUGUCGUUAGAACUCCGCAUGUAUGGAUUUUUUAAGAUUUUAAGGUUUUAAUUUUAAUUUUCUUUAACUUGGCGCGUAAAUUCCUACUAAAAUCGGCUAUUGCAUAGGCGACGGAAGGAAAACAAUAAUAUUAUUAUAAAUUAUAACAAUAACAUGAUGUGUAAUGCGGCGGCGGCGGUAAACCUCUUACCGAAUAUACCUAUGGGUAACAAUAAAUAGUCAUUGUUUAUGACGUAAUGUCAGUUCGCCUAUUACGGUGGCGCCGAGUGGACGUGCUUACCUAUUGUUAAAACAAUUAAACACUAAUGGGAAGUAGCCGGUACCUGUUUAGUACGGGUACUCCCAUGAAACGUAUUUUGUUGGUAAUUGUUUGUCGAUUUAUUACCGGUAAAAAACGCUCAAAGUGGCGGCGACGGGUCGGUUGUAAAGACGAGCGUGUUACAAUAAUUCCACUCUACAACAAAACACAAUUAUUCGUAUUUUUCACUUUACAUAAUGAGAAUAUUAUCAUCAUUAUCAUUUUACGCCCAUGUUAUAAUACCUAUGUCCACUCUAUUGUCCGAGACAAACUGGAUAAUUGUUAUUUUGUUUACGUAUGCGUCACGGUGGAAAAUAUCGAACGCUCGAGAUUUUCGUUGUUUUCGACGACUAUUUCAAUAAUAAUGAAACCAAUUAUGCAGAUCGUAUAGUGAUUAUAGGUAUAUUAUGGUAUUAAGUUUUACCUAUAACUAUUAUGAUCAGGACUUGUUAAAAUUGUAAUUUUUAAAAAAAAAAAAAAAACAUAAGAGGACGCCAGACCGACAUCUCCUUUCUCCGUCUUACAAACGCGAGACAUAGCUAAUUUAUGUUCAGUAGGACACAUUUUGUGCCGUUGAUUUUAAUAUUAAAGCGAAUUGACCUAUUGCCAAAAUUAAAGGUAAUAAGAUUAUAUGCGCUCUAACGUUGAUGAUUUUUCGAUAUUUUUAUUUUUAAGCAAAAUAUAAAUAUUUUUAAAUUGUGAUAUUUAACAUACUCAUGUCUCAUUAAAAAAAUAAAAAUAUCGAAAAAUCAUCAACGCUAGGACAUACAAUAUAAUCUUCUUACCUUUAAGUUUGGUGAUAAGUUUAUUUGCUUUAAUAUUAAAACUAACGGCACAAAAUGUAUUUGAACGCAAAUUUGCUACGUCUUGCGUUUGUCUGACGGAGACAGUAGAUGUCGGUGUGGCGUCCUCUUAAGAACAAUGAUAUUGUACUCUUACAAACGCUUAAAAUUCACACCAUAAAUGGUAAAAUAUGCCGGAAACGUUUAUUAAAAUGUGAAAAAAAAAUCAUUUAUUAUUGUAAUAAAUUUAAUUUUUCUUUUAAAUAACAAUAUUAAGAAUAAAAUAGAAAAUACGGUAACAAAACUUCAAAAUACGUAACCAAAAAUGGCGAAUUUUACUUUUCGUGGGUUAUCUGUGAAAGAUUUAUUCAGAUAACUUACUUAAGCUUCUCUAUAUAGUACGUAUCAAAACAACUAAGGAAAUGCUACAAGAUCAUCGUGCUCGUUGCUACGAUAUUGUAAUUUUUUACGAUUGUAGGAUUUUAUCGGAACAUAUCCGCCGAAUCUGUUCUGCAAACUGCAGCGAAACAAGAUUUCCAAUGCAAAACCCGCGUAAUAAAAUAUUUGUGUGUACUUUUUUUUCUUUUUUUUUUUUUAUCGAUAGGGCGUGCUUAUUAUAUAUUAUAAAUUAUGUAUAGCGCAACUAGAGCUAUUAAUUCGCGUGUAAACGUAGAGUAUACCCCGCGAUUUAACCGUAUAAAUAAAAAAUACCGUUUGCGCGUUUUCUCUAAUACCUAUUCCAUCCUCGUGUUUCGCAACGAAACGUUCCCGUCGCGUCGGUGAUUUUUGUUCGUAUUUAAUAUUCACAGACGCGCGUUUAAAAAAAAAAAAAAAAAUGUGUGUUUGCGCGUUUAAACCCAGAGAUCACAUAUACACGCGCGCGCACACACACACACACACACACAAACAAAUUAUAUAAAUAUUACACAACGAUCGAUGGUCUAAAUCGAUCUCAGGCGCAGAUAAGGUAUCUGAAUACCGCGGUUACACGCGUGAGUGCUCUCUCCGUGUUACGAACACGGGACAUAUCAAAUUUGCGUUAAGCCGGGACAAUUUUGCGCCGUCAAUUUUCGAUACCCGAGUGAAUUGACCUGUUAUCAAAACUUAAAGAUAAGAACGCAUUGUCCGCGGCAACGUUGGCGAGAUAUUUGUAUUUACAAGCGACGCGUGCAUGUAAACAUUGUACCGCGAUAUAUUUCGCACGCUAUCGUAUCUCGCUCGAAAAUAUCGAAAAAAUAGCGCCUACGUUGCACGGAUAGUAUUGUUCUUAUCAUUGUGUUUGGCAAUCGGUAAUUUCGCUCCGUAAUCAAAACUAACUAACGUUAUCAAACCUUUGCAAAACGGAGACGACCAUACGCACACGCGCGUAUUACGUCCACUUAACGCGCCUGUUUACCGCGGCCGAUCUCGGAUCGAGGUGUCGCGCGCUGCGCCGGCCCUCCUACGGUCGCCGCCGCUGCGUUCGGGGACCGCUUUUUAUGCCGUUCCGAACAUGCUUUUCAUCCGUUCCGAAGCUAAUAACGUUAAUAGUAAUACACACGGCGGCAUUGGUUCAAUGUGCCGACACACGCUAUAAUAGUAAAAUAAUAUUUUACCGCAGGAAUGCCGCCGCGUGUACGUUUUAAUUACCUGUGUAUAUACAGGCCUAACCGACCGGACCCACGUUGCGCCUAAAUAAACCAAAGUGGCGGUAACUUUGACGAUAUUGUUACGCGACUCUCCGGGGAGCGGAUUUUUUUAAUUUAUUUUUUUCGGCGGCGGGAAGAUGGGGGAGGGGAGGAAUGCGAGGACGAUGCGAAACUGUCCAGUGUUUUGCAAAAGUCUUCUUUAAAAUUAUCAUAGACAAGUUGACAGAUAACGCGUUAAUAAUGCGUCUAUUGAUAAUUGAUAAAACUGACCGAAUUUCAUUUGGAUAAAAUAAUAAAAUAAUCUCGUCGUUAUCCAAACACAAAACGUAUAAUUUAUAUUUUAAAGAUUUUCACGAAAUUUAAACCUUGUGAUGCGAUGUCUAAUACCUAUUGCGUUUUGAAUGCAAAAUAUUGCAGUAUAAUUUGUAAGUUAAAUUUGAAAUUGAAAACCACUUAAAAUCUCUAAAAUUUACAUUACGGGAAGAAUUCAAAAUACAUAUUAUAUCCUAGAAGAAAAUCGACUAAGUAGCUAGGAUGCAAAACCUGAACUUACCCCAGAACGCUUGAAUUCCUAACUACACAACUGCUUUUUAACGAUACAGUUUCACUAUUGACUUUUCGCAUUUUUCUUGGCUAAGUAUAAUAUUAAAGAGAGGAAUACAUCCUAUACGUAGAUUGUACAUGGGAUAAAUUUGAUUGUUGUUAAAUUGCGUCUAAUUGUGUUUAUAAGUGAUAAACGCAGAUUCUAAGAGAUCUUCGACAUGAUAAAUAUAACUCAUUAAAAACCUUUAUUUGUAUCCGUCCAACGGUCCGUUCCUAAAGAUUAAUGUAGUAGGAACACAGAUAUAGAUAGUAUACUAGAUUACUAACUGCUAUACACUGUCCGUAUAACUGUUUGAAACGGACGGCUUAAUUAAAUUGUGAAUAGAAACUUUACUUCACCAGUUAGCAAUCUAAUUUAUUGUAUACAAGUAUAUCAGUGAAUAAGAAUAGCCGACCAUAACUACUCCGAUUUUUAGAUAGGAUAUAAAUGUAUCAGCCCCUUACGUUCUAUUGGGAGACCAAGAUAUAUUAUUGUAAGACUGCAGUGCAAUUAGCGGCUUUCUCAAGGGAGGUUAUGCGAGCGAUACAUCACCCCCCGACGAGGACUAGAACCCAGUCACCCAGACCUUUUUUUUCUAUUUUGCAAUUAUUUCUUGUCACAUACAAUACGAAAUGCAAAAUAUCAAAUGCGUAUAACAUGGCACAUUAUCAAUAUACCUGUUCAUUUAUUAUUAAUAUUAAAUGUUAAUAAAAUCGUGCGAUAGGUAAAGCGUAUAAUAUAUUAGUUAAGAUUUUUUUUUCCACGGCAUUUUGAUUAAAUAUUAAUAUCACUCCCCAACCCCCACCCCCAAAGAAAGAUCAUGGUUACGUCAUCGGGUGUAAGACAUGAGAUAUUAAAUAGCUGUCACACGUUUCGGUCGUUAAUGGUUCAGUGGUAAGUGCUUGCCGAGUCCAAAAAUAACGUAGCACGUGACGCAGCUUUAACGGUAUAUUUUAUCUUAUUCCGGAAUAAUGAUGGCCGGCGAGUGCUGCAACGACGUCCCCUUAUAUGAAGAGACGAUGACUGCAACAAGAAACUUUCGGUCGAACGCAUUAUAUUCCACAGUUAAUGCACUCUCGUCUACCGAGUAAUAGUAUUUUAUUAUUUCCGUUGAUAAUAAGUAUAAUAUACGGUGGAAUACACGCCGGUUUUCUAGAUUCUUAUAUUUAUUAUCCGGUUUUCUUUUUGUUACGUCAGUGGUACCCAACCGGUCAGUGGCGCACACGUUAUGGGUCAACGGGGUCAGUCGACCCUCUAAAAAUAUUGAGUGGGUGAGUGGUCGUCGAUCGUUGUUAUAGCCUUAUAGGCUGGUGACGGUGAAUAUUAUUAUACAUUUUUUUUAGGAUGGGAAUAGGAUCUUAAGUGCCCAAAUGGUCUAUAUUGAAGUUGAUUUGCUAAUAGUUGGUGGAUAGUAGUGCUAAUAGUUCGACCCAUGUUGGUAAGAUUGAUUGUGUACCACUGCAACCGGUGGUCUGAGGGCCUGUCAUCGGUGGUCCACUGAGCAAUUUCACUUAUACUACUUCGGGGAAUUCACUCACGUUAUAUCCGUAUAUUUUUUAUAUGAUAUUUGUCCGAGCAAGCAUUUUUGAGUCUGAUCACAGCAAAAAAAUAACCAGGGGAGUCGAUUGGACACUAACAACAAAAAGCGUAUAGCAUUGAGCAACAGUAUUCUUCUCAGAAUUUCAAAAUUUGUUAAGGAAAGCAAUGCUCAGAAAUCACCCGUUGAAAGUUUUCCAAGUGGUCUGUAUAUGCCGUCCAAAAAGUUGAGAAACACUGUAUUACACGAUGAAAAUUUACUCGUCCGAUUUUAGUAGAUACCUACUGUAUACCUAUAGUUUAUGUUGGUUUUUUUUUUUUUGUCGACAAGUACUUAAAAUAAUAUAAGUAAUGAUAUCUGCUUUCCGUAUGUUUCCCUGUAUAUCUUUCCAAGGUUCUCUCGUAAUUACGCGCGCGCUCGCUCGCUCGUGUUCCCGUAUAUAAAACGUACGGGCUCUCUCGCACCAUCAGUGCGCGCGCGCGUUUAAGUACGUUUUUAUUAUUAUCAUUUUUUUUUUUCACUUCUAAGCGUGUAGAGUACGGCGAAUUUUCCCACCAGCCAAGGUUAGAGGAGCGUUAAUAAGCCACGGACACGACGAAACAAUAGGUUAUGAAUUCACCGCCGCCAAACGAAAGCCGCGGUCACGUUUUUUUUCGUUUGUUUUAGCGAACCCAUUUUUUUUUUUUUUUUUUUUUUUUCCAUUAGGUAUGCAAUAUAACUUUUUUUUUCGGCAGCGGCGGUACGUGUACGAUACUCUAUAUCUGAUAUCGGACCUCGUUAUUAAACCCGAAAACCAAAACCGAACCCGCAUAGAAAGCGCGCGCGCGCGCAAUCGGUUUAAAAGUGUUGUUUGUGAUACAUAAUAUUGUGUAGAUCCACUACGGUACACCCAACUACACGACAAACAAAAGUUCACAAGUACAAAAGCGAAAUUUAUUGAUCCCGAAAGUAAUACCCAACACGUCAUAUCAUAUCUUUGUACACCGAACUACGUAGUAUUAUUAUUUAUCGUGUUCGAUAGGUCAAGGGCAUUGCGGGCGAUUAAAUAAAUACCCGGGCCGUUGCUCGUAAUAAAUUAUUGUAAACGCGUUUCUUCGGGAAAUUGAACAUACACCGUUCGUUGUCCACCUUCGCAUUGAAACCGAUUAUAUUAAGCUAUCAUCAUCAUCCAAUUUAUAUAUACGAACGAGAUUAUACACUUGACGAGUGUUCGAUUGACCGGUCGUGUGUGUGUUACAGGAAUCACGUUUCACACGCGCGACUCGUCGACGACCGUUAAUGUAGUUUUAACAAUACCUAAUUCAAUUAACCGCAUUUUCAAGUGCAGCGCUAUUUCCGUUAAUGCAUUCGGUUUUACGUGCUACACGUAAACACAAUAUUGUAAACAGCGUGUAGUAAAUAUUCGUUUUGAUAAAGAGAAAAGAAUUUAAAAAAAAAUCAAACAUUGAAUUAUUAAAAACGUGCCAUAUUUUUCCGCAGAUUCACGGAUUCUAAUCACGACUUGAGAAUAUAUUCAAAAAAGGAUGUCCGCCGAAUGCCCAGUGCGCCAGUUUUACCGUCUAGAGACAUAUUCCGCAGGAGCAACCGAAGUAACAACGGUAUCGUCGCUUCUGAAAGCGGUAAUUAAAAUUACAAUACCUAACACGUGUUUUAAUCGUAGACCCGUCUUAUAUUAUCGAGAUGUCCUCAACCGUUCGAAUUUACCGUCGAAAACAGCAAAUAAAUUAUGCAAAAUAACAUUAAAUCUUAAGAGGACGUGUACUCGCAUUUACUGCAGUCUACUGUUGGGCAACAUAGCAAAAAUACGUUUACGCGGACUGAGCGAAACUCGCCGAAUUUCAGUUUCAGAACAAAAGCACCUAUUAAAAAACUGAAAGGGAUGAUAUCCGAGAAGGAACCGCGCGUUUUCGCCAUCAUACGUGUACGCUCAUGUAGUCCAUCGUUAAGAAAUAACGGCAAUUUCGAUAUUUUAAAACGACUGGAACUUUACAAAAAUUCAUUUAAAAAACGCAGAAUAGCGCCCUCCUGAAUAUCGUCCGCUUUUCGCUUUAUAAUUGGCGAUUUUUCUCUGAAACCAAAAAUCAAACGAUGCUAUAAUCAGUCUGCGUAAGCGUGUGUUCGCUAUGUUGCCUGUUAGUUGAACUUAAACAGCACGCUUUGCGGGGUACCGCGUCUUCUCAGGAUGUUUCGUGUUUAAUAAAUAAUAAUACAAUCAAAUAACACUCGAUGCAAAAUUACAUUAUAUAAACCGACAUCAUCAAGUAUUAUUUGACGGAGAACAAUGUCCGAAAAAAUAAUUAUAUCUACAAUUCUACACAUAUCCGGGUAUAAUAUUAUCUUAAAAUCACGCGGUUUGACCCGUAGUGACACCGGUCAUUACCUAAAUCAUACAAAUUAGUGUAUAAUACGCUAUUACUGCUCCAAUCCAAAUCUCAACAAAACACAUUAUACGAUUACGAUCGCAUUUAUCAAUCGAAAGUUUUACUACAAGAAAUUUCAUAGACAUACUGCAAUGAUUUCUCUACUUUUCUACUUGUAUUUAACACUCUUACUUCUAUGUAAACACAAUAUUGUAUUAUUACAUAGGUACCUAAUUUUUUUUUUUUUUUUUUUUAUAAUAAACUGCUAUAAGUGUACUCGUACAUACCUACGAGUAUGUUUUUACUAUAGAUUAUAUUUUUGAGAGUUCAAAAAAUAUAAUAUAGUCGAUAAUGUUAAACGUUAGUUAUGUUUUCAUUUUUUUUUUUUUUUUUUUUUUUUUUUUUGCACAGACGGUAUCACAAUGGUUGGUUUUCAAAGACUGGGCACCAUACGCGGUUUCAAGUUUGAACAACGGCCGCUCCCUAUGGUCAAAGACAGGAAUCGUAGCGGUAGCGAUCCACUCCACUUAUACUCGAGUUCUUCCGACGAACACGUCGGCUCUCCCAAGUACGUAUAUACCAAUAAUAAUAAUAAUUUCGUUUUUAAAUUUAUAACCAACAUAAUAAUAACGUGUUUCAUUUUCAUUUGUCUGCAUAAGCAGUAUGGACUUAGUGGCACCUCAAUCCGCAGGUUUGACCCGUAGUCACGGUUGUCUAUACGAAUCGAACGAUAAUCACCGGGACAGCUCUCAGUACAUGGGAUUCGAACAGAUGUGGCAAAACAACAAUUAUCAUUUGGAGGUAUUUUAAUCGCUGUACUUUAGCCGGCUUAACGAUACUGACGCGUAAAUAAUAUGUAUAUAUUUAUAUGUAUAUUAUAUAUUGAAUUUAGAAAUCCUAUUCGUCCGUCGACGAAAACACCGGGAGAACUUGGCCAGAUUCCCUGAGUGACGAAGAUUUAGCCAAACUCCGUCCUCUGUUGUUUCUCGAACUUUCUGCCAUGUUCGACAGUUCCGGUAUACCGUUCAACAAAGGGAAACCGCACAAACGCAAAAGGAGAGAAGGUGAAUAUAAAUGCACGAUUAAAAUUACUAUGCAAUAAUUUAUUUUUAUCUAAUUAAAUUACUCGGUUGCACAAACAGAAGGGACGAUUUUCGGUGUUUCGUUGUCAACGCUAGUCGACCGCGACGAGUCUAUUACCAACCGUCGCGUCCAAGUGCCGCUGAUCGUCCAAAAAGUCCUCGGACAGUUGGAGAAACGCGGUUUGUGCGAGCAAGGCCUACUACGUAUGGCAGCCCCCAAAGCGAAAGUCGACAAACUUUGUGGGGCCGUGGAAAAGUUUUUCUAUGCCAAACACGAAGAGGCAGAUCAGCUGUUGGAAAAAUGUUCCGUUCACGAUCUAGUCGCUUUGUUGAAACGUUUGCUCAGAGACUUGCCCGGACUGUUGCUCACCCACGAACUCGUCAAUCUAUUUUACCAGAGCUACUGUGAGUGCUACUGCAUUUAUAUAAUAAAUCCCCUGCGAACCGAAUGUGCGUUUUUUCCUCCCUAUAACCGUUGUCAACAAUAAACUUACAGCCGUACCGGAUACAGUGAGGGCUCUUAAUCUACUGGUGCUGCUAUUACCUACGGAAAACCGGGCCACUUUACGCGCCCUUCUUCAAUUCAUGUCCAAACUAGUCGAGUAUCAGCAAAGACACGACCUAGAGAACAAAAUGACCGAGCACAAUGUGGCCAUGAUCAUUGCCCCGUCUUUAUUUCCACCUAGGUAAGAUUACUAAAAAUUACUAAAAAUAAUUUAUCAUUAUUAUACAUUGUAAAUGUAAAUAAAUGAAUACUAUAUUAUCGUGGCAUUUUAGGUCCGUACAUUUGGAGAAAAAAGACUUGCAGUCACAUUUGGACCAGGCUGCCCGUAGCUGUCGCCUAACCGAAACUCUGAUGAACCACAUCGAAGAGUUGUGCCUAGUUCCUAUCGACCUCAUGACUCAGCUUAGGCAUAACAACGAGCUUUACCAAUGCAGACUGAAAGAAAAUAAUAAUCCCGUAAGUAUUGGCACAGAAUAUCUUACAGAAAUCUAUAAAUUUAAUAUGUUUUUAUUUCCAUGUAAUAAUUAUAAAGGCCAUAUACUAAUUCCUUUUUUUAUAUAUUUUUAAACUAAAUAUAAAAAAGGCCGGACAUACAUCGUACGUGAGUGCAGCUACUUUUUUAGGUGAAUAGUUGGGAAGGUAGGAUACAGACGGGAAUUUAAUGUAUAUCUGUAAGCAAUGAUAAACCAUUGCUAACGAAAAAACGAUUCUGAACGGUGUUUAAUUGAUAAUGUUGCUUUGCCAACAGUUUAUAUUAUAGAUUUGAAGUAAUAAAAACUUAAGAAUAACAAAAAUUAAAUAAAAAUAGUUGCCAAUGACAACCAUAAUUUUAAAUCUUUCAAUAUUUGUUUAACCUAAAGAACCCGGUUUUUCUCAUUAUUUCAAAUAUUAAUGAGAAUUUCAAAAAAUGACCUCUUUAUAGUACCACCCAGAGAACAUUUCCUUUCAGGAAAGGUGGUAUACUUAAUAAUCGGAGUAUGCUUUCUAGUAGAAAAGUUGUCUACAGAAAAAAAAUUGUAAUAUUUUACUAAUAUAUUUCGGACAUUUUCCCACUUUCCUUAGUUUUUCUUUUUUCGGUUUUUCACAUUUAAUGAGAAAACGCUUGAUAAAAUCAAAUUUGUUAUGAUUAAAUUGAUAUAUUUGUUGACGUUUAUGGUAGUUUAAAUUGCUUUUAUUUCCACUACAAAAUAAUAUCAAUCGAUUCACUCAAUUUUUAUAAAAAAUAAUUUUGGUAAUGAUUUUAGUAAGCUUCAACAAAUUAUAGAAACUUGACGAUUCAUAAUUAGGAAAUAUUUUUAAUACCAACAUUUUGGUUCAAUAAAUGGUUAUCUUAGAUUUUGUAAAAACCAUUAUUUAUUUUUAUUAAAAAAUAUAUAUAAAGUAGAGAAAUCAUAGCGCAAGGCUUUUGUAAUUAUUACAAGAAAUUAAACUUAAAAAUUUGAACAUAACUAAAAUCUAUGCCAUAUAUACCUAAUAAUAUUAUUUGAUUGCUACAUCAUGACAACAAUAUUAUAAACAAAUGAUUUUUAAAUAAUUAUAAUUUUUUGCGUACGUUCUUGUACAGGUGAGAAGGUUCCUAGGAAAAAAGAAAACGGAUAUCGUCACCAAAAAAAUAAACAACGAGACGGAUUACCAAGAGGGCGUAGUUCGCGUUGAUGCCCCUCAAUUCCGAAUAUCUGGAAUACCGUUGUUUUUGUCGGACACGACCACGGUUGGUGACGUAAUACUUAAGUAAGUAAUUCAUUAGUUGGUCGUUGGGGUUUACAAGUCUGAAAAAUAUUAUAAUUUUGUUUGUGUUCAUUUAUAGGAUCGUGGAGGAAGCCGCCAAGCAGACAGUGACGAAAAACGGUCAUACGGCCAAACCAGGCCGCAAAGACCUCAAAUCAAGGGCACUAACUGAACUCGCUCCCAACGGAAACCUGUCGUGCUUGUUGACGACCGCUGAUCCCGAUAUGGCUACUAGAACGCAUUUCCUAUACGAAACUGGCGGAAAUAUCGGUAAGGACUAUUAUACCUAGGAAUAUCAUAUUUAAUAAUACUACUCUUGUCAUACAAUUUAUAUAUCAAAUCCUAAAUUAUACUUGAUUCAUCUAAAUCUAUUAAUUUAUACAAAUUGUAAAUAGUAAAUGUAUUCUAAUAAGAAAUAACAAUAGAGUAUAAUAUACAGACUAUAAUAUUAUUAUUUAUUUAUAAUCCACUUUGAAGAUAAUUGAUACUUCCAAGUAAAAACUUAUAUUAAACAUAACUUGAAAUUAAAUGUAUAACAUUCUAUAUAGGUAAUGAUUUCCCUCUAAAUAUUCAACGGAGCAUUGUUGCGAAUUAAGUCAAACACGAAUUUUCAAGUUUUUAAAUUGCAAAUAUAUACUAACGGAUUAUUAGGCAUAGAUAUUAGAUUCUAAGCGAAAUAUGAAAUAUCAAUACAUUCCUUAUUUUUACUAUUGUUGUUUUAUGUAUUUUUUUAUUUUUAUUUUUUAUGUCUGUAAACAACUUUUCUACUGGAAAUAGUACUACAAUCAAUAACUUACUUGAUGCAUUUUUGAUCUAAUUUACACAUUAAAGAGGUGGCCACUUUUUGAUUUUCCUUGCAGCUUUCUUAAUAUUUUGUGUAUUUUUUGUGUAAUAAUGAUUGGUUUCUGGAUUCCCUUAGCAACCGCGGAAUAAACACGACUAAUACUACUCUGCUCAGAAUUGUUUUUUGUUAGCAAUGAUUUAUCGUUGCGCACAUGUUAUAUAAAUUAAAUUACUCUGUAUAUCCCAUAUAUAGUUGCAGUAUCAGCCGCCUUUUUUUACUUAUCUAAUAAAUAUUAUAUAAAUUACGGUUUGAAAAUAUUUAUCUGAAUGAUUCAAUUAUUUAUCUCGUACAAUUCAUAAUGUUUCUAUUGACAGGAUAAAAUAUAAAAAUACACAUAUCUAGGUAAAACUACUGGAUAAUAUUUUAUUAAUAUUAUCGUAUUGUGGCGACAACCAAACAUACACAAUAGUCGCAAUAUACUCACGUGAAUGUGUUUAAAUUGUCUAUACAGGUCAACGGCGUAUAGAACCGACCGCCAAUAUGAUGGCUGUGUACCAAAUGAACCCGAACGCUCAGUGGUUUGUCAAAUGUGAUCACAGAAACGGGAUGACGCACGUGUGA